AUGCACUACAGCAUAAGUAUAUCAUCACUUUUUGGCAUGCUUCAUUUGGGAGUGGAAAAGUGAUGGUUCCUUGUCCCAUUUCUUCAAACGCUCCGACACACAAACCCAGGUCUGGACUAGGUGGUCACAUUUCCCACCAACCCCUCAGUUUUCUGAGCUCACUGGGUCUGGGUCACAUGGUAAUAAUUGUGCUUGGCAGGUCUGCCAGUGCAUAACAGCUCACCCCAGUGGCUCUGAGUCUACCCCAUGUUAGGACCCUGCUUCUCCAUGCAUGACUGGCCACUCUCCUCCCCUGCCUGCCCUGACCACUCUCCUCCCCCGCCUGCCCUGCCACCCUCCUCCCCCGCCUGCCCUGCCACCCUCCUCCCCUGCCUGCCCUGCCACCCUCCUCCCCUGCCUGCCCUGCCACUCUCCUCCCCUGCCUGCCCUACCACUCUCCUCCCCUGCCUGCCCUACCACUCUCCUUCCCUGCCUGCCCUACCACUCUCCUCCCCUGCCUGCCCUGCCACCCUCCUCCCCUGCCUGCCCUACCACUCUCCUCCCCUGCCUGCCCUACCACUCUCCUCCCCUGCCUGCCCUACCACCCUCCUCCCCUGCCUGCCCUACCCACUCUCCUCCCCUGCCUGCCCUGCCACCUCCUCCCCUGCCUGCCCUGCCACCCUCCUCCCCUGCCUGCCCUGCCACCCUCCUACCCCUGCCUUCCCUACACCCUCCUCCUCCCCUUCCUCCCCCCGCCUGCCUACCACCCUCCUCCCCCUGCUGCCCUACCACCCUCCUCCCCUGCCUGCCCUACCACCCUCCUCCCCUGCCUGCCCUACCACCCUCUCCCCUGCCUGCCCCUACCACCCUCCUCCCCUGCCUGCCCUACCACCCUCCUCCCCGCCUGCCCUACCACCCUCCUUCAUGGUGCCGCUUGCUUGGUGGUGCCCCUUGCUUAGUGGUGUUGCAGACUCUGGGGCCUUUCAGAACAGGUGUGUGUGUAAUAUACUGAGAUCAUGUGACAGAUCAUGUGACACUUAGAUUUCACACAGGUGGACAUUGAUUUUAACUAAUUAUGUGACCUUCUGAAGGUUAAUUGGUUGCACCAGAUCUUAUUUAGGGGCUUCAUAGCAAAGGGGGUAAAUACAUAUGCACGAACCACUUUUGCGUUAUUUAUUUAUUUGAAUUUUUUUGAAACAAGUUAUUUUUUUCAUUCCGCUUCACCAAUUUGGACUAUUUUGUGUAUGUCCAUUACAUGAAAUGCAAAUAAAAAUCCAUUUAAAUUACAGGUUGUAAUGCAACAAAAUAGGAAAAUCGCCAAGGGGGAUGAAUACUUUUGUAAGGCAUUAUAUAUAUAUAUAUAUAUAUAUAUAUAUAUACGUUUGAUGGUGUUAAUUGGUUACAGUUGGGGACUAUCAGGUGUGAGCUGAGAGCUUGGCUACCCAUCCCUAACCCAUCCCUAACCCUUACCUAACCCAUCCCUAACCCAUCCCCUAUCUAACUUCAUGCCAGGUGCUUCCCUAAAGCACCUGCUAUUGACUGCUGUGCUACAAAUAAAGCGUACAGUAAAACUGGACUGACAAAUGAAACGGGAUGUAUUACUACUAGUAAGGAUCCUCUUCCAGGGAAAACAAUAUAACUUAAUAAGAAAUCCCUUCCCUUCACUAUCGCAAUCUGACUGUGCGUGUGUGAUUCCAGUAAUCUGUGUGGCGGUUUCUCCCUUAAAGAUAACACAAGCCCUUGCAUUCUUCAGGGCAGGCUGAUAUUGAGGAGUGUCUGCUUGCAGCCUGUAGUCUCCACCUCUCUCUUGUUGUGGUGGGUCAUGGAAUUUAGAAAGACGGUUAUUUGUCAGCCAAAUGACCACGGUCACCGUUGUAAUUGUUCGAAUAGCAAACGUUUUGUAAAAAAGAGUUUAUCCUCCGUCUCCUGUGUUGGUUAGCCAGUGUGGCCUGUUUUGGUAAGACAUUGUGAGGCAUGUAUUUUAUGAUACUCAUUUGCUACAACACCUUUGAUGAAACGAGGGGCAACAAAGUUUCAUCACGUUGUUAAGAGUCUAUGUUACAGCGGAAACAGACUCAACUUGACUUGUCUGAAUGCCAAGCGGUCUUCCGUCAGCUGUUCGGUCCACAGCACAACAUUCUAGAACUGGGUCGUUUUGUCUCGUUAUAUUGGCUGUUCUAUGUGGACCAGGCUUUAACUUUGGUGCUUUUGGGGGGAAAGUUUGUUGACUUUAAUAUGUACAACUUUUUAAAAAUAAAAAUAUGUAUUAAAGCGGUUAAUGAGUUUUAUUUUAAUGACGGUUAUUUUAUUUUAAUGACUGUCUUCAUCCAUAAUUGUCAAUUGACACUAUUAUACAAUUACCGUGCCAGCCUUAGUGGUUGCUCCUGUCUCGAGACGGUACAGACUGUCUGUACACACACCAUUGAGUCAGUUGGUCAUUAGUGUUGAGCGAUUUAACCAACAUUUCGGUUAUUUUAUUAUUUGACCAAUGUAGGUUCAAUUAUUUGAAUUCCAUUUCAUUCGUUUUUUUCUUCUUCUGUGAGCUCAAUAAGCACAUUGCACAUUUUCUGGAGAGAUAAAUCGGAUGAAGCCCGAGCUAUGCAAUGUAGUCGGGAGUUAUAGUUUCCAACAGGCCAAUUUUCUACGUAGUUUAGUGCAGAAAAUGUGGUAUUUAACUACAAUGACCAUAAUCCAUUGCGCGCCUACUUGUCCGUCUGUUUCUUUGACACCUAUUACAUAAAAGAGACCGAAGAACGCAUGAGAGGGAAACAGAGCAGUUGCUUCGCGAGGCAUCUACCUGAAAAUACAUGAUCUAAGUGAUUGAUAGCCUAGUUGGUAUUCAGCAAUCAUAAAAGUAUGCCUUAUUUACUUUGAAUAACUACUAAGAUUGUGAUUUUGUCAGACAGCAUAGGCAGCAGCUCUGUAGAGAUGAUGACUUAGAAUUAAAUAGUCAUAAAACAAAUAUAAUAUACACAACUAUACAAAAAAAUAUAAAGUAACUAGGCAACAGGAUAGAUAAUAGACAGUAGCAGCAGUAUACUGUAGGUAGGGGUUAAGAUUGACUAAGACAACAGGAUAGAUAUAUAGACAGUAGCAGCUCAGUAGUACUGUAGGUAGGGGUAAAGUUGACUAGACCAACAGGUAUAGGAUAAUAGACAGUAGCAGCAGUAUACUGUAGGUAGGGUAAAGUGACUAGGACAACAGGAUAGAUAAUAGACAGUAGUCAGCAGUAUACUGUAGGUAGGGGUAAAGUGACUAGACAAACAUGGCUAGGAUAAUAUGACAGUAGCAGCAGUAUACUGUAGGUUAGGGUGUAAAGGUAGACUAAACACCGGAUCGGAUAAUAGACAGUGCAGCAUAUAUUGUAGGUAGGGGUAAAGUGACUAGACAACAGGAUAGAUAAUAGACAGUAGCAGCAGUAUACUGUAUGGUAGGGGUUAAAGUGACUAGACAACAGGAUGAUAAUGACAGUGAGCAGCAGUAUACUGUAGGUAGGGGUAAAGUACUGACAACAGGAUAGAUAAUAGACAGUAGCAGCAGUAUACUGUAGGUAGGGGUAAAGUGACUAGACAACAGGAUAUGAUAAUAGACAGUAGCAGCAGUAUACUGUAGGUAGGGGUAAAGUGACUAGACAACAGGAUAGAUAAUAGACAGCAGCAGUAUACUGUAGGGAGGGGUAAAGUGACUAGACAACAGGAUAGAUAAUAGACGUAGCACAGUAUACUGUAGGUAGGGGUUAAAGUGACUAGAAUAAUUCAGACAGUAGCAGCAGUAUAGUAGGUAGGGGUAAGUGAAUAGAAACAGGACUAGAAAGAAGACAGAUAGCAGUAUACGUAGGUAGGGGUUAAAGCGGAAUAGACCAAACAGGAUAGAUAAUAGACAGUAGCAGUAGUAUACUGUGAGGUAGGGGUUGAAAGUGGCUAGGCAAACAGGAGAGAUAAUAGACAGUAGCAGCAGUUAUAUGUAGGUAGGGUUAAAGUAACUAUGAACAGGAUAGAUAAUAGACCAGUAGCAGCAGUAUACUGUAGGUAGGGGUUAAAGUGACUAGGCAAACAGGAUAGAUAAUAGAAAGUAGCAGCAGUAUACUGUAGGUAGGGGUAAGGACUAGGCAACAGGAUUAGAUAAUAGACAGUAGCAGCAGAUAUAUGUAGGUAGGGUAAAGUAACCGAGGCACAAGGAUAGAUAAUUAGACAGUAGCAGCAGUAUACUGUAGGUAGGGCGGUAAAGUGAUCUAGGACAAACAGGAUAGAUUAAUCGACCGUCGCAGGAGUAUACUGUAGGAGGGUUUUAAAGUGACUAGGCAACAUGAUAGAUAAUAGAACAGUAGCAGGCAGUAUAUGUAGGGUAGGGAAAGUGAACUAGACAACGGGAUAGAUAAUAGACAGUAGCAGUAUACGGUAGGUUAGGGUAAUAGUGACUAGGCAACAGGAUAGAUUAAUAGACAGUAGCAGCAGUAUACUGUAGGACGUUUAGGGGUAAAGUUGGACAGACAACAGGAUAGAUAAUAGACAGUAGCGCCGUAUUACUGUAGGAGGGGUAAAGUGACUAGACAACAGGAUUAGAUAAUAGACAGUAGCAGCAGUAUAUGGUAGGUAGGGGUUAAAGUGACUAGGCAACAGGAUAGUAAUAGACAGUAAGAAGCAGUAUUUAUGUGAGGUAGGGGUAAAGUGACUAGACAACAGGAUAGAUAAUAGACAGUAGCAGCAGUGAUACUGUAGGUAGGGGUUUUUGGUAAAGUGGGACUAGACAAAACAGGAUAGAUAAUAGGACAGUAGCAGCGUAUAGGAGGUAGGGGUUGUAAAGUGACUAGGCAACAGGAUAGAUAAUAGACAGUAGCAGCAGUAUACGUAGGUAGGGGUGAAGUGAUAGGCGGAAUCAGGAUAGAUAAUAGACAGGUAGCACGUAACUGUAGGUAGGGGUAAAGUGACUAGGCAAACAGGAUAGAUAAUAGACGUUAGCAGUAUACUGAGGUAGGGGUAAAGUGCAUAGGCAAAACAGGAGGAUAAUGCGCAGCAGCAGGAUACUGAAGGUAGGGGUUUAAAGGGGGAAUAGUCAACAGGAUGAGAUAAUAGAAGUAGCAGCAGUUUAUUACUUAGGUAGGGGUAAAGGGGACUAGUUCAACAGGAUAGAUAAUAGACCAGGAGCAGCAGUAUUACUGUAGGUAGGGGUUUAAGUGACUAGACACAGGAUUAGAUAAUAGACAGUAGCAGCAGUUAUAAUGUAAGGUAGGGGGUUAAAGUGACUAAGAUAAUAGACAGUAAGCAACAUAUAAUGUAGGUGAGGGGUGUAAAGUGACUAGGCAACAGGAUAGAUAUAGACAGUGCAAGCAGUAUACUAGGUAGUGGGGUAAGUGACUAGACCAACAGGAUAGAUAAUCGACGGUAGCAGCAGUAGAUGUAGGUAGGGGUUAAAGUGGAUAGACAAACAGGAUUAGAUAAUAGACGUAGCAAGCCAGUAUACUGUUAGUUAGGGGUUAAAGUGAUAGAUAAUAGACAGUAGCAAGCAGUAUACUGUAGGUAGGGGGAAAAGUGCCUAGGCAAAAGGAUAGAUCAUAGAACAGUAGCAGCAGUAUAACUGUAGGUAGGGUUAAAGUGACUAGACAACGGAUAGAUUAAUAGACAAGUAGCAGCAGGAUACUGUAGGAAGGGUGAAGUGACAGGCAACAGGAAUAGAUCAAUAGACAGUAGAAGCAGUAUACUGUUAGGUAGUGGGAAAGACUAGGCAACAGGCUAGAUAAUAGACAGUAGCAGCCAGGCUAUACCUGUAGGAGUGGUAAAGGACUAGGCACAGGGAUAGAUAAUAGAUAAUAGUAGCAGCGUAUUACUGUAGGUAGGGGGUUUAAAGUGACUAGCAACAGGAUAGAUAAUAGACAGUAGCAGCAGUAAUGUAAGGUCGGGGUAAAGUGACUAGACAACAAAGGAUAGAUAAUUAGACAGCAGAAGUAUAUUGAGGUAGGGGUAAAUUUUAAAGUGACUAGUCAAACAGGAUAGAUAAUAGACAGUAGCAGCAGUUAUUGGAGUAGGGGUAAAUAAAUGAAUAGGCAACAGGAUUAGAUAAUAGACGUAGCAGCACGUAUACUGUAGGUAGGGUAAAAGUGACUAAGACAACAGGAUAGAUGAAUAGACAGUAAGCAGCAGUAUAUUGUAGGUAUGGGGUUUAAAGGGACUAGGACAACAGGAUAGAUAAUAGACAGUAGCAGAGUAUAUACGUAGGGAGGGUAAAGUGACUAGACACACGAGGAUAGAUAAUAGCCGUCGCAGCAUAUCUUGUAGGUAGGGGUAAGUGAAUAGGACAAGAGGAUAAGAUAAUAGACAGUAGCAGCAGCAGAUAAUGUAGGAUAGGGGUAAAGUAACUAGGCAACAGGAUAAUUAAUAGCAAGUAGCAGCAGUAUUACUGUAGGUAGGGGGUAUACGGAUAGACAAACAGGAUAGCAUAAUAGACAGUAGCAGAAGUAUAUUGUAGGUAGGGGUUAAGUUGACUAGACAAAGGAUAGAUAAUAGACAGUAGCAGCAGUAUUUACUGUAGGUAGGGGUCAAGGUGACUAAUAAUAGGACAGUAGCGCAGGAUACUGUAGGUAGGGGUAAAGUGACUAGACAGGAUAGAAAUAGACAGUGUAGCAGCAGUCUAUGUGUAGGUAGGGGUAAAGUGACUAGACAAAAGGAUAGAUAAUAGACAGUAGCAGCAGUAUACGUGGAGGUAGGGGUAAAGUAAACUAGGCAACAGGAUAGCUAAUAGGACCAGUAGAAGCAGUAUACUGAGGUAGGGGUAAAUUGACUAGACAACAGGAUAGAUAAUAGACAGUAGCAGCAGUAUAUGUAGGUAGGGGUUUUUUAAAGGAUCUAGACAAAACAGGAUAGAUAAAGACCGAGCGCAGUAAGUAGGUAGGUGUAAAGGCCUAGAUAAUAGACAGUAGCAACAGUAUACUGUAGGAAGGGGGAAGCAGCAGUGACUAGUCAACAGGAUAGAUAAUAGACAGUAGCAGCAGUAUACGGUAGGUAGGGUAACGUGAUAGGCAACAGGGCUCGAUAAUAGACAGUAGCAGAAGUAUACGGUAGGUAGGGGUAAAGUAAAUAGGCAAACCAGGAGAGAUAAUAGACAGUAGCGCAGUAUAUGUAGGUAGGGGUAAAGUAACUAGGCAACAGGAUAGAUAAUAGGGGAAAAACCCAAAGGUAGCAGCAGUAUACUGUAGGUAGGGGUGUUAAAGUGAACUCGUCAACAGGAUAGAUAAAUAGACAGUAAGCAUGCAGUAUACUGUAGGUAGGUGGUUAAGUGACUAGACAACAGGAUAGAUAAUAGACAGUAUAGCAGGCCGAUACUGUAGGGUAGGGGGUAAAGUGACUAGACACAGGAUAGAUAAUAGACAGUAGCAGCAGUAUACUGUAGGUAGGGGUAAAGUGACUAGGCAACAGGAAAGAUAAUAGAUCAGAGCAGCAAGUAACUGUAGGGUAGGGGUAACCUUAAAGUGACUAGACAACAGGAAGAUAAUAGACAGUGCAGCAGUAUAUGUAGGGAAGGUGUGAAGUGACGUAGAACAACAGGAUAGAUAAUAGACAGUAUGUCAGCAGUUAUACUGUAGGUAGGGGAUAAAGUGAAUAGACAACGGAUAGAUAAUAGGACAGUAUAGCAGCCAGUAUACUGUAGGUAGGGAUAAAGUGAACUAGGCGACGGAUAUAUAAUAGACAGUAACAAGCAGUAUUACUGUAGGUAGGGGUAACGAGGACUAGGAAACAGGAUAGAUAAUAGACAGUAGCAGCAGUAUACUGUGGUCGGGGGGUAAAAGUGACUAGACAACAGGAAUAGAUCAUAGACAGUAGCAGCAGUAUACUGUAGGUGGGGUAAAGUGACUAGGCCAAACAGGAUAGAUAUAGUCAGUAGCAGCAGUAUACUUAGGUAGGGGUAAAGUGACUAGACAACAGGAUAGCAUAUAAGACAGUAGCAGAAGUUAGCUGUAGGUAGGGGUAAAGGAGCUAGGACAACAGGAUAGAUAAAGAGACAGCAGCAGCAGUAUCUGUAGGUAGGGGUGGGUAAAGUGACUAGACAAAACAGGAUAAGUAUAGACAUAGGCAGCAGUAUACUGUGGUAGGGUUCAAAGUGCUAGACAACAGGAUAGAUAAUAGACAGUAGCAGCAGUAUACGUAGGUAGGGGUAAUAGUGACAGAAAACAGGAUAUAGAUAAUUAGACAGUAGCAGCAGUAUUACUGUAGGUAGGGGGUUGAAUGGUAAAGGACUAGACAAAGGAGUAGAUAUAGCAGUAGCCUGCAGUCAUUACUGUAGGUAGGGGUUGGUAAUUAUAAAGUGACUAAUGGCAAACAGCUAGAUUAAUGACAUAGCUGCAGUAUAUGUAGGUAGGGUCAAAGUGACUAGGACAACAGGAUAGAUAAUAGGGAACAGCCAGCAGUUACUGUAGGUAGGGAUAAAGUUGACUAGGCGACAGGAUAGAUAAUAGACAGUAGGCAGCAGUAACUGUAGGUAGGGGUAAAGUGGACUAGGACAAAACAGGCUAGAUAAUAGACAGUUAGCAGCAGAUACUGUAGGUAGGGGUAACGUGAACUAGGCAACAGGAUAGAUAAUAGACAGUAGCAGCAGAUACGGUAGGUUAGGGGGUAAAGUGACUAGAUAAUAGACAGCAGAAGCAGUAUCCUGUAGGGAAGGUGACAGGGAUAGUCAACAGGAUAGAUAAUAGACAGUGUAGGCACAGUAUACUGUAGGUCAGGGUGCGUAAAGUGCCUAGGCAAAAGGAUAGAUAGUAGACAGUAGCUAGCAUUAUACUGUAGUCGGGCGGUUAAGUGACUAGACAACAGGAUAGAUAAGAGACAGUAGCAGCAGUUAUCUGAGGGAAAGGGUGAAGUGACUAGACAACAGGAUAGAAUUAUAGACAGUAGCAGCGAGAUAUACGGUAGGUAGGGGUAAAGUAAACUAGGCAACAGGAUAGAUAAUAGACGUUAGGCAGCAGUAUAUGUAGGUAGGGGAAAGGUGACUAGGCAAACAGGAUAGAUAAUAGCACAGUAGCCAGCAGGAUACUGUAGGUAGGGUAAUUGAACUAGGAACAAGGAUAGAUAAUAGACCAGUAGCAGCGUAUACUGUAGGUAGGGGUAGCGUUAAGUAACUAGGCAACAGGUAGUAAUAGACAGUAGCAGCAGUAUACGGUAGGUAGGGGUGGUAAAGUGGCCUAGUCAAAGGAUAGAUAUAGACAAGUUAGCAGCCAGGAGUAUACUGUAGGUAGGGGUAAAGGACUAGAACAAAGGGAUAGAUAAGAGACAAGUACAGCAGAUACUGUAGGUAGGGGUAAAGUGACUAGAGACAACAGGAUAGAUCUAGACAGUUAGCACGCAGUAAUACGUAGGUAGGGGUAAAGUGACUAGGCACCAGGAUCGUAAUAGAAAGUAGCAAGCAGUCUACUCUAGGUAGGGGUAGGUUUAAAGUGACUAGACACAGGAUCAGAUAAUAGACAGUAGCAGCAGUAUACUGUAGGAAGGGUGAGGUGACUCGACAACAGAGAGAUAAUGACAUAGCAGCAGUAUACUGUUAAGGUAGCACGGAUUAAAGUGACUCAAGGACACAGGAUAGAAAUAGACAGGUAGCAGCAGUAGUACUGUAGGGAGGGAUAAAGUGAUUCUAGGCGACAGGAGAGAUAACUAGACAGUAACCCAGCAGUAUACGUAGGUAGGGGUACAAGGGAACUGGACAACAGCUAGACUAAUAGACCAGUAGUCAGCAGUAUACUGUAAGUUGGUAGGGGGUAAAAGUGACUAGACGAAAGGAUAGUAACUAGACCGUUAGCAGCGUAUACUGUAGGUAGGGGUAAAGUGACUAGCAACAGUGAUAGAUAAUUAGACACGUGCAAGCGAUACUGUAUGUAGGGGUAAAGUGACUAGACAAACAGGAUAGACAUCGACCGUAGCAGCAGUAUACUGUAGGUAGGGGUAAAGGGACGAGACCCGGAUAGAUAAUAGACGCAGCAGCAAGUAUACUGAGGUAGGGGUAAGGGACUAGAAAACAGGGUUAGAUUAAUAGACAGUCGCAGCAGUAUACUGUAGGUAGGGGGUUUAAAGUGACUAGCCAACAGGAUAGAUAAUAGACAGUAGCAGCAGUGAUACUGUAGGAGGGGUACAGUGACUCGACACAGGAUAGAUAUAGACAGUAGCAGCAGUAUAUGUAGGUGGGGUCCAGUGGGACGACCACCCAGUUGUCUUAGAUAAUCUCACGCACAGGUAGGGUUAGCACUAGUUCCAGCUACCACGGUAGGUGCGUCUCAAGUUGGGAUCUUGUCACACGUGGAUGCGCUAAUAGACCACCCCUCCAGUCAGAUCGCUUAGCUCUACUGAUCGCAAGCCGUACCAGUGACUCCCGCCACCCACGUCUCCAGCUCAUCGAAGUCCUUGCAUAUGUCAUCGUACCCUUGUCAUGUUUAGGCUUUAUUAUAGUGAUAGCGCACGACUCCCAAGGCUUUAGCCACACAUAGCACAACGUUCUUUUAGCCAGUUUAUACCGCUCAGGUAUGUGCUCCCGGGAUGUGAUCGUAUCAUUCUCGGCUAGAUAAAGGACUCUAGACGCAGCAUAUGUUCUCUAUCUCAUAUGUGUAGGCGCCACGUGCACAGCGCAUAACAGCGAUAACUAUAGACCUCUAGCUGAUGAUAUGUUCACUAAUCGCAUGCCCUGUUUGUUGCACAUCCUAGCAGUGUGUAUGUCUGAUGUAUAGAGGUGAUGUAGGUCCCGCACGCACACAGCCCCCCCAUACCUACAUGAGUAGGGAAGGGUUGAAGUGACUAAGCAACCGGCUAGCACUAGAGGACAGAUUCCUUACUUCCCCAGUUUCAAGCAAAGCAGCUAUACAUGGACGUGUUAGGGGUAACAGUCCCGCUCAACGGCAAAACAGGCAAUAGAUAUGUAUAGAACUGUUAGCAGCUAGUAUACUGCAGGUAGGGGAAAGUGGGGCUAGGACAACAGGAUAGAUAAUAGACAGUAGCAGACCGUAUACUGUAGGGAAGGGGUAGGUGUGAAGUGAUAACAACAGGAUAGAUAAUAGACAGUAGCAGCAGUUACUGUAGGUAGGGGUAAAGUAACAGGCAAACAGGAUAGAUAUAGACGUAGAGCGUAUACGGCGAGGUAGGGGUUUAAAAGUGACUAGGAAACAGGAUAGAUAAUAGACAGUAGCAGCAGUAUACUGUAGGUAGGAGGUUCAAAGUGACUAGCUAAUAGACAGUAGCAACAUGUAUACUGUCGGGAAGGGUGAAAGUGACUAGACAACAGGAUAGAUAAUAGAACAGUAGCCGCAGUAUACUGUAGGUAGGGGUAAAGUGACUAGGCAACAGGAUCGAUAAUAGACAUAGCAGCGGAUAUUGUAGGUAAGGGGUAUACAGUGACUAGACAACAGGAUAGAUAAUAGGACAGUAGCAGCAGUAUAUUGUAGGUAGGGGUUGAAGUGACUGGACAACAGGAUAGAUAAUAGACAGUAGCAGCAGUAUCUUGUAGGUAGGGGUUAAAGUGAAUAGACAACAGGUAGGAUCAUAGCCAGCAGCAGUAUUCUUGUAGGGUAGGGGUAAAGUGACUAGUCAACAGGAAUAGAUAAUAGGACCGUAGCAGCAGUCUAUGUAGGUAGGGGUAAAGUGACUAGGCAACAGGAUAGAUAAUAGACAGUAGCAGCCAGUAUACUGUAGGGGUAGGGGUAAGUGACUAGAAAACAGGAUAGAUAAUAGACAGUAGCACACGCAGUAUAUUGUAGGUAGGGGGUAAAGUGACUAGACAACAGGAUAAUAAUAGACAGUAGCAGCAGUAUUAUUGUCGGUAGGUGGUAAAGUGACUAGGACAACAGGAUAGAUAAUAGGACCGUUAGCAGGCAGUAUAUUGUAGUAGGGGUAAAGUGACUAGAUAAUAGACAGUAGCAGCAGUAUACUGUAGGUAGGGGUAAAGUGGACUAGACAACAGGAUAGAUAAUAGACAGUAGCAGCAGUAUACUGUAGGUAGGGGUAAAGUGACUAGGCAACAGGAUAGAUAAUAGACAGUAGCAGCAGUAUACUGUAGGUAGGGGUAAAGUGACUAGACAACAGGAUAGAUAAUAGACAGUAGCAGCAGUAUAUUGUAGGUAGGGGUAAAGUGACUAGGACAACAGGAUACGUAAUAGACAGUGCAGCAGUAUAGUAGGUAGGGGUAAAGUAACUAGGCAACAGGAUAGAUAAAAGACAGUAGCAGCAGUAUACUGUAGGUAGGGGUAAAGUGACUAGACAACAGGAUAGAUAAUAGACAGUAGCAGCAGUAUACUGUAGGUAGGGGUAAAGUGACUAGACAACAGGAUAGAUAAUAGACAGUAGCAGCAGUAUACUGUAGGUAGGGGUAAAGUGACUAGAUAAUAGACAGUAGCAACAGUAUACUGUAGGGAAGGGUGAAGUGACUAGUCAACAGGAUAGAUAAUAGACAGUAGCAGCAGUAUACUGUAGGUAGGGGUAAAGUGACUAGGCAACAGGAUAGAUAAUAGACAGUAGCAGCAGUAUACUGUAGGUAGGGGUAAAGUGACUAGAUAAUAGACAGUAGCAACAGUAUACUGUAGGGAAGGGUGAAGUGACUAGUCAACAGGAUAGAUAAUAGACAGUAGCAGCAGUAUACUGUAGGUAGGGGUAAAGGGACUAGAUAAUAGACAGUAGCAACAGUGUAUGUGUUGAGUGUGAAAGUGUGUGUGGCGUCCAGUAUGUACACUACCGGUCAAAAGUUUUAGAACACCUACUCAUUCAAGGGUUUUUCUUUAUUUUUACUAUUUUCUACAUUGUGGAAUAAUAGUGAAGACAUCAACACUAUGAAAUAACACAUGGAAUCAUGUAGAAACCAAAAAUGUGUUUUAUAUUUUAUAUUUGAGAUUCUUCAAAUAGCCACCCUUUGCCUUGAUGACAGCUUUGCACACUCUUGGCAUUCUCUCAACCAGCUUCACCUGGAAUGCUUUUCCAACAGUCUUGAAGGAGUUCCCACAUAUGCUGAGCACUUGUUGGCUGCUUUUCCAUCACUCUGCUGUUCGACUCAAAACCAUCUCAAUAGGGUUGAGGUCGGGGGAUUGUGGAGGCCAGGUCAUCUGAUGCAGCACUCCAUCACUCUCCUUCUUGGUAAAAUAGCCCUUACACAGCCUGGAGGUGUGUUGGGUCAUUGUCCUGUUGAAAAACAAAUGAUAGUCCCACUAAGCCCAAACCAGAUGGGAUGGCGUAUCGCUGCAGAAUGCUGUGGUAGCCAUGCUGGUUAAGUGUGCCUUGAAUUCUAAAUAAAUCACCGACUGUCACCAGCAAAGCAGCCACACACCAUAACACCUCCUCCAUGCUUUACGGUGGGAACUUCACAUGCGGAGAUCAUCCGUGCACCCACACCGCAUCUCACAAAGAAACUGUGGUUCGAACCAAAAAUCUCCAAUUUGGACUCCAGACCAAAGGACACAUUUCCACCGGUCUAAUGUCCAUUGCUCGUGUUUCUUGGCCCAAGCAGGUCUCUUCUUAUUAUUGGUUUCCUCUAGUAGUGGUUUCUUUGCAGAAAUUCGACCAUGAAGGCCUGAUUCACACAGUCCCCUCUGAACAGUUGAUGUUGAGAUGUGUCUGUGACUUGAACUCUGUGAAGCAUUUAUUUGGGCUGCAAUUUCUGAGGCUGGUAACUCUAAUGAACUUAUCCUCUGCAGCAGAGGUAACUCUGGGUCUUCCAUUCCUGUGGCGGCCCUCAUGAGAACCAAUUUCAUCAUAGCGCUUGAUGGAUGGUUUUUGCGACUGCACUUGAAGAAACUUUCAAAGUUCUUGAAAUGUUCUGUAUUGACUGACCUUCAUGUCUUAAAGUAAUGAUGGACUGUUGUUUCUCUUUGCUUAUUUGAGAUGUUCUUGCCAUAAUAUGGACCAUCUUCUGUAUACCCCCCUGUAUACAACACAACUGAUUGGCUCAAACACAUUAAGAAGGAAAUAAAUUCCACAAAUUAACUUUUAACAAGGCACACCUGUUAAUUGAAAUGCAUUCCAGGUGACUACCUCAUGAAGCUGGUUGAGAGAAUGCCAAGAGUGUGCAAAGCUGUCAUCAAGGCAAAUGGUGGCUAUUUGAAGAAUCUCAAAUAUAAAAUAUAAAACAAAUUUUUGGUUACUACAUGAUUCCAUGUGUGUUAUUUCAUAGUUUUGAUGUCUCUACUAUUAUUCUACAAUGUAAAAAAUUGUAAAAUAAAGAAAAACCCUUGAAUGAGUAGGCGUGUCCAAACUUUUGACUGGUAGUGUGUGUGUGUGGGUUGGUAGAGUCCAGUGUGUGUGGAUAGAGUCGGUGCAAGAUAGUUGGAGUAAAAAAGGGUCAAUGCAGGUAGUCCGGGUAGCCAUUUGAUUAGCUAUUUAGCGCUCUUGUUUAGAAGUCUUAUGGCUUUGGGGUAGAAGCUGUUGAGGGUCCUGUUGGUUCCAGACUUGGUGCGCUGGCUGGCUGGUCAGUGUUGGCUCACUAUCGGCCCCUCGCCACACCAUUACUGAAUCAUUCUUGCUGUCCCCCUCUGCCAGGCCUUUUCAGCAGCAGAGUACCCUGGUACUCACUCAGCCGUUGCCAAACACAGACCGAACUAAACCCUGAUGGGUCAACUCUGAAAUGUGCUACUUUUCUAAUGUGUGUGCUGAGAUAUUUUAGAACUCUUUUUUAUUUUUAUUUUUUACAAAAACAAGCAAACCAACAGACGUUACACAUUUAUCCCAACCCGCAACCCACCCACAGGACCUGCUUUAUUUAUUUUUUUACGUAGUAUUACAUGGCAGAAAUACAGUUUGAUAUGCACAUUACACACAAAAUGGUACUCAGACAUAUCUGUUAUACAUGAUUGAUAUAUGGUAUUUUUGGUCCUAACUAUCACAGAUCAUGCAUGAGUUUUUAAUCCCACUGCUAAACUACUCUCAGCCCAUCCCACCCAGCUCCGUAGACUGCCCUCUCUUGGUUUCCAUGUGCCAUGUAUAUUUUUUUAACAGUGCAGGGAUGUCUUACAUUAAUUCUGAACGCAUCUAAUCUCGUAGUGUCCACAGAUUGUAAAUUAAAGUGGAAUAUUUUUGCUAAGAGUAUUGUUAAUUGAUUGACUAUGGCUUUCCCAAUUGCCCAACAGUGCUAUUUUUGUAGGCUUAGUUAAGUGAAUAUUGUGAUUUUUCUGCCUAUCCUGGGACGAGAAACAAGCUACAAUGCAUUGGGAAAGUAUUCAGACCCUUUCCCUUUCUGUUACGUUAGACUUAUUCUCAAAUUGAUUAAAUAAAAUAAUUUCCUCAUCAAUCUACACACAAUAAAUACCCCAUAAUGACAUAGUGCAAAAACAGGUUUUUGGACUCUCAAACCAUUACAUUUUAGUCAUUUAGCAGACGCUCUUAUCCAGACAAUCAGUGAGUGCAGAUUCUCUGGUCUGAUGAAACUAAGAUUGAACUCUUUGGCCUGAAUGCCAAGCGUCACAUCUGGAGGAAACCAGGCACUGCUCAUCACCUGGCCAAUACCAUCCCUACGGUGAAGCAUGGUGGUGGCAGCAUCAUGCUGUGGGGAUGUUUUUCAGAGGCAGGGACUGUAUACUGUGCUGUACCCUACUGUACUGUAAUGUACUGUGCUCUACUGUACUGGGUUCUACUGUACUGUAAUGUACUGUACUGUGUUCUACUGUACUGGGUUCUACUGUACUGGGUUCUACUGUACUGGGUUCUACUGUACUGGGUUCUACUGUACUGUGUUCUACUGUACUGUGUUCUACUGUACUGGGUUCUACUGUACUGUGUUCUACUGUACUGGGUUCUACUGUACUGGGUUCUACUGUACUGUGUUCUACUGUACUGGGUUCUACUGUACUGUGUUCUACUGUACUGUGUUCUACUGUACUGGGUUCUACUGUACUGUGCUCUACUGUGCUCCUGAUCUAGUGGUGAAAUUGUUAACUUGUCAUGGUCCCAACUCUCUGGGUCUGGAUCUUGGGACCAAUUUCCUGGUAUAAAUCAGUUAAUUAAAAAAUAAAACAAUUGUUAAUUUGGUAUGAAAAUAAUUUCGUUGUAAGUUAAUCAAAAUGAUCAGCACUGUGCAUGGUUCUCCCUUUUAUUGCUACUUUUUCAUUGUUUCGGCAGUGACAUUUAGUGGGGUGGUAAGGAAUCCAGGUACAUUUUUCAAAUAUGCAAUACCAAGUGUGAAAGUAUUCAGACCCCUUGACUUUUUCCACAUUUUGUUAUGUUACAGCCUUAUUCUAAAAAAAUAAAAAAUAAAAAAUCUACACACAAUACCCCAUAAUGACCAAGCAAAAAUAGUUUUUUUGGACAUUUUUGCUAAUUUAUUAAAAAUAAAACAACUUUACUCAGUACUUUGUUGAAGCAUCUUUGGCAGCGAUUACAGCAUCGAGUCUUCUUGGGUUUGACGCUACAAGCUUGGCACACCUGUAUUUGGGGAGUUUCUCCCAUUCUUCUCUGCAGAUCCUCUCAAGCUCUGUCAGGUUGGAUGGGAGUGUCGCUACACAGCUAUUUUCAGGUCUCUCCAGAGAUGUUAGAUCGGGUUCAAGUCCGGGCUCUGGCUGGGCCACUCAAGGUCAUUGAGACUUGUCCCAAAGCCACUCCUGCAUUGUCUUGGCUGUGUGGUUAGGGUCGUUGUCCUGUUGGAAAGUGAACCUUCGCCCCAGUCUGAGGUCCUGAGCGCUCUGGAGCAGGUUUUCAUCAAGGAUCUCUCUGUACUUUGCGCCGUUCAUCUUUCCUUCGAUCCUGACUAGUCUCCCAGUCCCUGCCGCUGAAAAACAUCCCCACAGCAUGAUGCUGCCACCACCAUGCUUCACCGUAGGGAUGGUGGCAGGUUUCCUCCAGACGGGAUGCUUGGCAUUCAGGCCAAAGAGUUCAAUCUUGGUUUCAUCAGACCAGAGAAUCUUGUUUCUCAUGGUCUGAGAGUCCUUUAGGUGCCUUUUGGCAAACUCCAAGCGGGCUGUCAUGUACAUUUUAAUGAGUGGCUUCCGUCUGGCCACUCUACCAUAAAGGCCUGAUUGGUGGAGUGCUGCAGAGAUGGUUGUCCUUCUGGAAGGUUCUCCCAUCUCCACAGAGGAACUCUGGAGCUCUCUGAGUUCACUGGCUUGGUUUUAUUCUCUGACAUGCACUGUCAUCUGUGGGACCUUAUAUAGACAGGUGUGUGCCUUUCCAAAUCAUGUCCAAUCAAUUGAAUUUACCACAGGUGGACUCCAAUCAAGUUGUAGAAACAUCUCAAGGAUGAUCAAUGGAAACAGGAUGCACCUGAGCUCAAUUUCGAGUCUCAUAACAAAGGGUCUGAAUAUUUAUGUAAAUAAGGUAUUUCUGUUUUAGUAUUAAUAAAUGUGCAAAAAUGUCUAAACCUGUUCUCGCUUUGUCAUGAUGGGGUAUUGUGUGUAGAUUACUGAGAACAAAAUUUAAUUUUAGAAUAAGGCUGUAACGUAACGAAAUGUGUAAAAAGUCAAGGGGUUUGAAUACUUUCCGAAGGCACUGUAUAUGUGCCUGACAUCUUGGAAGACGUGUGCUGAAAGUUUGGGGAAAAUAGGAAAUGAAUUAGCAUUUUUUUGUAAUUUACUCGAUGUUACUCCAGUGCUGUCGAGUAGCUGUUCAAAUUUAUUUUUAGAUUUGUUUUGUAACUGAAAAUAAAGUUGACUCAUUUCUCCUCUCUCUGUUUUGCAGACUGUGCAGUGAACGUCCACAAGAGUUGUCGGACCCUACUAACGGAGUGUAACCGCAGCAAGAACAAGGUAUGUUUAAACUAAAUUUUACUUUUAGUUACUCCCUCUACUCAUUUAGACCCAAAAUGUAACCUUGCAGUUACAAGCAAGCAUCUUCUUCGUUUUGCCAACGCUACUGUCUAAAUUGUUCUCUCUCCCUCCAAUUUAACAUGGUCAAUAUCUUUGCUCUGUUACAUUGCCUUCAGAAAGUAUUCCCACCCCUUGAUUUUUACCCACAUUUUGUUGUUACAAAGUGGGAUUAAAAUGGAUUGAAUUGUCAUUUUUUUGUCAGUGGAAGAUUUAAAAGAAAAACAUUUUGUAAAUAAAUAAAUAAAAUAAAAACACUAAUGUAUCUUAAUUAGAUAAGUGUUCAACCCCCUGAGUCAAUACAUGUUAAAAUCACCUUUGGCAGCGGUUACAGCUGUGAGUCUUUCUGGGUAAAUCUCAAACAGCUUGCCACACCUGGAUCGGGCAACAUUUGCCCAUUAUUCCUUUCAACAUUUUUCAAGCUCUGUCAAAUUGGUUGUUGAUCAUUGCUAGACAACCAUUUUCAGGUUUUGCCAUAGAUUUUCAAGCAGAUUUAAGUAAAAACUGUAAUUCGCCCACUAAGGAACAUCCACUGUCUUCUUGGUAAGCAACUACAGUUUAGAUUUGGCCUUGGGUUUUAGGUUAUUGUCCUGCUGAAAGGUGAAUUCAUCUCCCAGAGUCUAAUGGAAAGCAGACUGAACCAGGUUUUCCUCUAGGAUUUUGCCUGUGUGCUUAGCUCCAUUCCGUUUUUUUUUUUAUCCUGAAAAACCCAAGUCCUUAACGAUUACAAGCAUACCCAUAACAUGAUGCAGCCACCACUAGGCUUGAAAAUAUGGAGAGUGGUACUCGGUAAUGCAUUGGAUUGGAUUUGCCCCAAACAAACUUUUUUUCCUCAAUACAGAGUGUUAAUUGCUUUGACAAUUUUUUUGCAGUUUUACUUUAGUGCCUUGUUGCAAACAGGAUGCAUGUUUUGGAAUAUUUAUAUUCUGUACAGCAGGGGUGUCAAACGUCCGGCCCACGGGCCGGAUCAGGCCCGCAAACGGGUUUAAUCCGGCCCGCGAGAUGAUUAAAAAAAAAAAAAAAAAAAAUUUGUAUAAUAAUGCGCUGCAAUUUUUCAAUAAAAUAAACUGCUGUUCCAAUUGCGUCCACUGGAUGGCGCAAUAGCAAUUGUGUUAAGCAAACUGUUUAUACCGGGGCAGAGCAAGUAGGUCAAGCACGUGCAGCCAAUGAGCUACUUUGUUUUGCCCGCGAUAUUUAUUACGGCUUCUACUUUUAACAUUAUGUGCUUUGGCACCCUCAUUGCCCCAAUAUGUCUCUGUCAAAAAAGAGAAAAGUGGACGCAGAGUGUUCCAAGAAAAAUGGUCAUCAUAUAGAAUUGAAUGGGAAAGCUGUAUGUUUGGUGUGUUCAGAGCAUGUUGCAGUGCUGAAAGAAUAUAACCUUUGUCGCCACUAUGUGAGUCUUCAUGCUGACAAAUAUGACAACUUUCAAGGACAGCGGAGAUGAGAGAAGGUGAAUGAACUGUUGGCGGGUCUGAAGAAACAGCAGUCUGAGUUUACUCACAGCCGAGACAUCAGUGACGCUGCAGUGAAAGCUAGCUACCUCAUUGCUAAUGAAAUCGCAGUGGCUUCAAAACCAUUUAGUGAGGGUGAAUUUGUAAAAACAUGCAUGAUGAAGGCAGCGGAGAUUGUGUGCCCUGAAAAGCGGCAGGCUUUUGCAAAUAUCAGCCUGACAAGAAACACAGUUGCAGACAGGAUUUCCGAUCUUUCAGUGGAUUUGGACAGCCAGUUGAAGCAAAAAGUAAAGUCAUUUAUUGCGUUUUCGGUUGCAAUUGAUGAAAGCACGGACAUUACAGAUGUUGCACAACUGGCCAUUUUCAUCCGCGGAGUUGAUGACACAUUGACCGUCACCGAGGAGUUCAUGGAGUUGGUGCCGAUGACAGAUACAACGACAGCAGCUGAUAUUUUUACCGCACUCGUCGGCGCGCUGGACAGGGUCGGAGUGGACUGGUCCCGCGCUGUCAGCCUGGCUACAGAUGGUGCGCCCUCAAUGAUCGGGAAAAAAGCAGGCGUUGUGACAAAGUUCAGAGAGAAAGUGCAAUCUGCAAAUGGAGGACGUGAUUUUUUGACUUUUCACUGUAUUUUGCACCAGGAGGCUUUGUGUUGCAAGUCAUUAAAGAUGGAUAACGUCAUGAAGGUGGUCAUCCAAACUGUUAAUUUCAUCCGAUCCAGAAGCCUGAAUCACCGUCAGUUUGACAGCCUUCUCAGAGAGAAAGACCACAUCUAUGGCCUGCCAUACCACACUGAGGUAAGAUGGUUAAGCCGAGGUGCUGAGGCGUUUCUUUGAUUUACGAGAAGAAAUUGAACAGUUCAUGGAAGAAAAGGGCAAACCAGUGUUAGAAUUUCAUUCCGCAGAAUGGAUGCAGGACCUUGCAUUUAUGGUGGAUGUUACAGAGCACCUGAAUAACUUGAACAAACAGCUGCAAGGGCGCAACAAAGUUGUCACGCAGUAUUAUGACAGCAUACGUUCUUUCAAGUUGAAGCUGUCAUUGUGGGAGACGCAACUUGCCGGUGGUGAUGCAGCUCACUUCCCCUGUCUGAAAAAUGUGUGCGCGACCCAACAUGUGGCAGACAUGAAGCGGUUCAAAGAUAAAAUAACGGGACUGUUACGGGAGUUUGAGCAACGCUUUCAGAUUUAUGUUUAUAUGUUUUUAUGUUGAUGUGCUAUUGUUUUUAAUUGAUUUUAUUUUAUUUUUAUAUUUAACCUAUUCUUGACUCUGGUUCUUGCACUUGUUUGGGGAACAGGAUUUCAUUAUUUUUAUCUACAUUUCUGCCUGAGAAAUGACACCCUGAUAUAGUUCUGUGAUCUGUGAUCUACUUCUGUGAAUCACUGAGGCAUUGUGUGUUUGUGUGUUCUUUGUCCUCAGAACUUUCAAAUAACUUGAGGUGUUUUAUGAUUAAUAGUGAUGUUGUGCUUUUGGACACUGUCCUCAGGCUCCAGCUUUAUGUUUAUAUGUUUUUAUAUUGAUGUGCUAUUGUUUUUAAUUGAUUUUAUUUUAUUUGUAUAUUUAACCUAUUCUUGACUCUGUGGUUCUUGCACUUGUUUGGGGAACAGGAUUUCAUUAUUUUUAUCUACAUUUCUGCCUGAGAAAUGACACCCUGAUGUAGUUCUGUGAUCUGUGAAACAGUUCUGUUAAUCACUGAGGCAUUGUGUGUUUGUGUGUUCUUUGUCCUCAGAACUUUCAAAUAACUUGAGGUGUUUUAUGAUUAAUAGUGAUGUUGUGCUUUUGGACACUGUCCUCAGGCUCCAGCUUUAUGUUUAUAUGUUUUUAUAUUGAUGUGCUAUUGUUUUUAAUUGAUUUUAUUUUAUUUGUAUAUUUAACCUAUUCUUGACUCUGGUUCUUGCACUUGUUUGGGGAACAGGAUUUCAUUAUUUUUAUCUACAUUUCUGCCUGAGAAAUGACACCCUGAUAUAGUUCUGUGAUCUGUGAAACAGUUCUGUUAAUCACUGAGGCAUUGUGUGUUUGUGUGUUCUUUUUCUUUAGAAUUUUCAAAUAAACUUGACGUGUUUUAUGAUUAAUAGUGAUGUUGUGCUUGUACUAUUUUGGACACACUGUCCUCAGGCUCCAGCUUUAUGUUGUAUGUUGAUCGUAUUAAAACAAAGAAAACAAUCUGAAGUUGUUGUUUUUAAGUUAUAUAUACACACCAUGAUUUUUCCGGUCCGGCCCACUUGGGAAUAGAUUUUCCUCCAUGUGGCCCCUGAGCUAAAAUGAGUUUGACACCCCUGCUGUACAGGCUUCCUUUUCACUCUAUCAAUUAGGUUAGUAUUGUGGAGUAACUACAAUGUUGUUGAUCCAUCCUCAGGUUUCUCCUAUCACAGCUAUUAAACUCUGUAACUGUUGUAAAGUCACCAUUGGCCUCAUGGUGAAAUCCCUGAGCGGUUUCCUUCCUCUCCGGCAACUGAGAUAGGAAGGACGCAUUUAUAUUUGUAGUGACUGGGUGUAUUGAUACACCAUCCAAAGUGUAAUUAAUAACUUCACCAUGCUCAAAGGGGUAUUAAAUGUCUGCUUUUUUAUUUUUACCCAUCUACCAAUAGGUGCCCUUCUUCUUUGUGAGGCAUUGGAAAACCUCCCUGGUCAUUGUGGUUGAAUCUGUGCUUGAAAUUCACUGCUCGACUGAGGGACCUUACAGAUAAUUGUAUGUGUGCAGUACAGAGCUGAUGUAGUCAUUCAAAAAUCAUGUUAAACACUAUUAUUGCACAAAGAGUGAGUCCACAUUACACUAUUUUUAAUCCCAGCCCCCGUCCCCGCAGGAGGCCUUUUGCCUUUUGGUAGGCUGUCAUUGUAAAUAAGAAUUCGUUCUUAACUGACUUGCCUAGUUAAAUAAAUAAAUAUAUGUAACUUGUUAAGCACUUUUUUACUCCUGAACUUAUUUAGGCUUGCCAUAACAAAGGGGUUGAAUACUUAUUGACUCAAGACAUUUCAGUUUUUCAUUUUUUAUUAAUUGUAAAAGCUAUUCCACUGAUAUUAUGGGGUAUUGUGUAUAGGCUAGUGACAAGUCUCAAUUUAGUCCAUUUUAAAUUCAGUCUGUCACACAAACAUUUAGAAAAAGUCAAGGGGUGUGAAUACUCUCUGAAGGCACUGUAUAUAAUCCUCUGCUUGAAACUUGUGUUUUUCUCCUGAUAGAAGGAUUCUCUGCAUAGGACCUUCACAACAGCAUCGCCAAACCUCGGUGAGUGAAAAAAAUACACACACACCUGUUUUUCUAUCCUCGUGUGGACCUAAAAUGUAUUUCCAUUCAAAACCCUUAACCCCUAAACCUUACCCUAAUUGUAACCCUAAGCCUAACCCCUAAGCGUAAAAUAGCCUUUGUCCUCCUGGGGAUGUGGGAAAUGCCCCCACAAGGGAUAAUUUCUUGUUUUACUAUCCUGGUGGGGACCUUUGGGGAUUUCAGGUCCCCACCAGGAUAGAAGAACCAGACCACAGACUUUUCGACCUUCACAGCUCCAACGUUGGAAUGAUCACACGCACAGAACAAGAUCUCCCAUCUUUGAUAGAGCCUCCCUCCUCUACGCAUUCCACUCUCUCCCCCUCCUCUUGGCCAGUCCCUCUCCCUCCCCUCCUCCCCCUCACUCGCUCCUCCUCAUACGUUCUCCUCCUCGCCAUCCCUCCUCCUCACUCCUCUCUCCACAUUCUCGCCUCCUCUCCCCAUACUUUCUCCUCUCCCCAUACGUUUCUCCUCCCCUACUUGUCGUCCUCUAUCUCCCUCUCGCAUCCUCCUCUCCCCUCUCUCCAUCUCCUCUCCUCCUCUCCCUCAUCUCCUCUCCUCCCCUCUCUCUCUCUCCUCUCCUCCUCUCCCCAUACGUUCUCCUCUCUCCUCCUCUCCCUUCUCCUCCCCUCUCUCUCUCUCCUCCCCCUCCUCUUCUCCUCUCUCCCUCUUGCCUCCUCCUCUCUGCUCUCUCCCUCUCCUCCUACGUAUUACUCUCCUCCCCUCUCUCAGCCAACUCUCCUCCUAAAUUUUCCCUCACAUUCCUCCUACUCCCACAUUCUCCUCCUCAUAAAUACUAUCUCUCCCCUCCCCCAUACGUUCCCUCUCCUCUCUCCCUUCUCACCUCCCCUCUCUCAUCCCCUUUCCUCAUCCCUGUCUCCCUUCCUCUCUCCUCCUCCUCAUACUUUCUCCUCCUCUCUCAUCUCCUCCUCUCUCCACAUUAUCUAUCCUCCUCUCCCCUUUCCCCAUUCCUCUCCCUCUCUCCCCUUUCCUCCUCGGCUUGGCAUCCAUAGGCAACAAACCGAUUGGCUCAACUGACCAACAGGGCACCGUGGUUUACCUCCACCAUGCUGCCCUUUGAUUGGUCAGCCAAGUUGAGCCCUGUGUUUGCCUAUGGAUGCAAGGGAGGAGAGGAGGGAAGGAACAUGGGAGAGGGUAGGGGGUGAUAAAGGAUGAAGGAGGGGUGACAACAAGGAGGAGGAAAGAGGGAUGAUACUGGUCCCUGAGAGUCAAAUUAAAGGUAUCCUGCUGCUUCUCAUAUGGUUCUUGAUAGCUGCUGUAUCGUCCAAUCACAGGGCAGAUACAAGUCACGUGAUCUGAUGGCGAACACGUGAUGGCACUUCAUGUGUGCGCUAACGGAUCACGUGACUUGUAUGUUCUGUAAUUGGACAAUACAGACCACGAGGUGGAUUGGAUAAUUUACCACAGGUGGAUUCCAAUCAAGUUGUAGAAACAUCUCAAGGAUGAUCAAUGGAAACAGGAUACACCUGAGGUCAAUUUUGACUCUCAUAGCAAAGGAUCUGAAUACUUACGUAAAUAAGGUAUUUGUUUUUUAUUUGUAAUACAGUUGCAAAAAUGUCUAAACCUGUUUUCGCUUUGUCAUUAUGGGGUAUUGUGUAGAUUGAUAAGGGGAAAAAAAAUUAUGUAAUCCAUUUUAGAAUAAGGCUGUAACAUAACAAAGUGGAAAAAUUCAAGGGGUCUGAAUACUUUCCCGAAUGCACUGUAAGUGAAGAUCUGCUCCAGCCUCUCCAACCUAAUUUGUUUGUGUGUAUAAGGUGGGUUGGAUCCUGUAUGGACUAAGAAAGUAUAUCUUAUAUCACUGGUCCCCAGCAGUGUUGAGCUCAGUUCAGAAUUGAGAAUGCCUCAUAAUAUCCAAUUCAAUUAUUGAAUUUGAAAUUCAUUUUAAUUGACGUAGUGAACAGGAUACAGAAUUGCAAUUUUAAUUAAAGGAAAUGGAAUUGAAUUCAAUGAAAUUCAAUUAAAUUCAAGUGCCUCUUCUAUUCUAUAUUAGUGUAGUCUAUACAAAUACACGUUUUGUACAUAAAACAUGUCUUUUAUAUACAUGCAUAUAAAAUAUUGUUGAAACAAUUGAUUUUCAGCACUAACUCUUAAAAUGUAAUGAUCAAGGAGAACAAAACCUGUAUGUGAAUAUUAUAAGUUAUUAUAUUUAAUUAAUCACUUAAAUUCUGUUCAAUAUGGGGAAAAUACUACAUUUCCCUAAAGCCAUCAAAUAGAAGCCAAACAAAUGAAAUGUUUGGUGGAAAUAUAAUUGUAUAAAUAAAAAAGUCAUGUUCUAUGACUGAGUGGAAUUUCUUUGAAUUGCACUGAAUAAAAGUAUACUUCCUGUCACUCAAAUUCUAAUUCUACAUCAUUUGGGGUGUGUUCAAUUCGAAUUUCAACUCAUGAGUUGAAUGGGAGUCAAUUCCUUAAUUCUGAAUUGAGCCCUGGUCUCCAGGGAACCAGAUAUCUACACUACAAUAUUCCCAUUAUACCUGGAACCUUCUAGUUACGUGUUGCUGUUAACUCCUAUACUGAACAAAAUAUAUAAAUGCAAUAUGUAAAGUGUUGGUCCCAUGUUUUAUGAGCUGAAAUAAAAGAUCCCAGAAAUGUUCCAUAUGCACAAAAAGCUUAUUUCUCUUAAAUUUUAUUUACAUCCCUGUAAGUGAACAUUUCUCCUUUGUCAAGAUAAUCUAUCCACCUGAUAGGUGAGGUAUAUCAAGAAGCUGAUUAAACAGCAUGAUCAUUACACAGGUGCACCCUGUGCUGGGGACAAUAAAAGGCAGUUUUGUCACACAACACAAUGCCACAGAUGUCUCCCAAGUUUUGAGGGAGUGUGCAAUUGGCAUGCUGACUGCAGGAAUGUCCACCAGAGCUGUUGCCACGGAAUUGAAUGUUCAUUUCUCUACCAUAAGCCGUCUCCAACGUCGUUUUUAGAGAAUUUGGCAGUAGGUCCAACCGGCCUCAACUGCAGACCACGUGUAACCACUCCAGUCCAGUACCUCCACAUCUGGCUUCUUCACCUAUCGGAUCGUUUGAGACCAGCCACCCGGACAGCUGCUGAUGAAAUGUGGGUUUUGUACAACCGAAUAAUUUCUGCACAAAACUAUCAAACCGUCUCAGGGAAGCUCAUCUACGUGUUCGUCGUCCUCACCUGGGUCCUCACCUGGGUCCUCACCUGGGUCCUCACCUGGGUCCUCACCCGGGUCUUGACCUGGGUCCUCACCCGGGUCUUGACCUGACUGCAGUUCGGCAUCGUAACCGACUUCAGUGGGCAAAUGCUCACCUUUUGAUGGUCACCGGCACACUGGGGAAGUAUGCUCUUCAUGGAUAAAUCCCAGUUUCAACUGUACUGGGCAGAUGGCAAACAGCGUGUAGUAUGGCGUCGUGUGCGGGAGCGGUUUGCUGAUGUCAACGUUGUGAACAGUUAUGGUAUGGUCAGGCAUAAGCUACGGACAACAAACAAAAUAGCAUUUUAUCGUUGGCAUUUGAAUGCAAAGAGAUACCGUGAUGAGAUCCUGAGGCCCAUUGUCGUGCCAUUUAUCCGCCGCCAUCACCUCAUGUUUCAGCAUGAUAAUGCACGACCCAUGUCGCAAGGAUCUGUACACUUCCUGGAAGCUGAAAAUGUCACAGUUAUUCCAUGGCCUACAUAAUCACCAUACAUGUCACUCGUUGAGCAUGUUUGGGAUGCUCUGGGUCGACGUCUACGACAGCGUGUUCCAGAUCCCGCCAAUAUCCAGCAACUUCGCACAAACAUUGAAGAGGAGUGGGACAACAUUCUACAGGCCACAAUCAACAGCCUGAUCAACUCUAUGCGAAGGAGAAUUUGCGCUGCGUGGGGCAAAUGGUCACACCAGAUACUGACUGGUUUUCUGAUCCACACCCCUACUUUUCUUUAAACUAUCUAUCUGUGACCAACAGAUGCAUAUCUGUAUAUUCACAGUGAUGUGAAAUCCAUAGAUUAGGGCCAAAUUAAUUUAUUUCAAUUGACUGAUUUCCUUAUAUGAACUAUAACUCAGUAAAAUCUUUGAAAUUGUUGCAUGUUGCGUUUUAUAUUUUUGUUCAGUGUAGUUGGGAAUGAACUCCAAUAUUGCAUGACCGUGAAUAAUUAGUUUCUUCCCUCUGUCCAUUAUCUUGGCUACAGAAAAAAUAGCUGCAAAUGAAUUUGCAUUUGAAUCUGCAGUUCAUACAAUUUUAAAAACAUUACAAUACAUUCACAGAUUUCACAACACACUGUGUGCCCUCAGGCCCCUACUCCACCACUACCACAUAUCUACAGUACAAAAAUCCAUGCGUACGUGUGUCUGCAUGUGUCUGCGCCUAUGUUUGUUGCUUCACAGUCCCUGCUGUUCCAUAAGGUAUUUUUUUAAAAUCUGUUUUUUAAAUCUAAUUGCAUCAGUUACUUGAUGUGGAAUAGAGUUCCAUGUAGUCAUGGCUCUAUGUAGUACUGUGCGCCUCCCAUAGUCUGUUCUGGACUUGGGGACUGUGAAGAGACCUCUGGUUGCAUGUCUUCUGGGGUAUGCAUGGGUGACCGAGCUGUGCGCCAGUAGCUCAGACAGACAGCUCGGUGCACCCAACAUGUCAACACCUCUCAUAAACACAAGUAGUGAUGAAGUCAAUCUCUCCUCCACUUUGAGCCAGGAGAGGUCGACAUGCAUAUUAUUAAUAUUAGCUCUCUGUGUACAUCCAAGGGCCAGCCGUGCUGCCCUGUUCUGAGCCAAUUGCAAGUUUCCUUUUUUAUGACACCUGACCACACGACUGAACAGUAGUCCAGGUGUGACAAAACUAGGGCCUGUAGGACCUGCCUAGUUGAUAUUGUUGUUAAUAAGGUAGAGCAGCGCUUUAUUAUGGACAUACUUCUCCCCAUCUUAGCUACUGUUGUAUCAAUAUGUUUUGACCAUGACAGUUUACAAUCCAGGGUUACUCCAAGCAGUUUAGUCUCCUCAACUUCCACAUUAUUUAUUACAAGAUUUAGUUGAGGUUUAGGGUUUAGUGAAUGAUUUGUCCCAAAUACAAUGCUUUUAGUUUUAGAAAUAUUUAGGACUAACUUAUUCCUUGCCACCCACUCUGAAACUAACUGCAACUCUUUAAGUGUUGCAGUAUUUCAGUCGCUGUAGUAGCUGACGUGUAUAGUGUUGAGUCAUCUGUAUACAUAGACACACUUUACUCAUUAGUAAAGAUUGAAAAAAGUAAUGGGCAUAGACAGCUGCCCUGGGGAAUUCCUGAUUCUACCUGGAUUAUGUUGGAGAGGCUUCCAUUAAAGAACACCCUCUGUGUUCUGUUAGACAGGUAACUCUGUAUCCACAAUAUAGCAGGUGGAGUAAAGCCAUAACACAUACUUUUUUCCAGAAGCAGACUUGAUCGAUAAUGUCAAAAGCCGCACUGAAAUCUAACAAAACAGCCCCCACAAUCUUUUUAUCAUCAGAGAUGCAACCCAAAAAUAUGAGCAUUAGGAAUGAAAAGGCACAACUCUCACUGACAAUUAAAAACCUGGUACUUUUAAUCUAAAUAUUAAAAUCAGGACAUUUCCGCCAUCAUAAUACUGUACAUAAAUUAUAUUUCCUUAUCAAUCAGUAAUGGAAAAAUUGUAAUUCUGUCAAUUAGUAUGAAAUUAAUGAAUGUGUUGUACGUGUCAUUUGCAUUUGAGAAUCAGGAGACUUUUAUUCCUUCCCUGGUGGAUGAGGGCUGAUGUUAAACUGCUCAUCUUCAGUAGCAGCAGUCUGGUGGAUGAGGGCUGAUGUUAAACGGCUCAUCUUCAGUAGCAGCAGUCUGGUGGAUGAGGGCUGAUGUUAAACGGCUCAUCUUCAGUAGCAGCAGUCUGGUGGAUGAGGGCUGAUGUUAAACGGCUCAUGCGCCGUAGCAGCAGUCUGGUGGAUGAGGGCUGAUGGUAAACGGCUCAUGCGCUGUAGCAGCAGUCAUCUGAAGAACAGCAGGACUCUGACUAAUAGACGCCUGCGUUCUCAUCUCCCCUCCUGCGGCUGGUCAAUCUCUGCCUAUGAGAGAGAGAGAGAUCUCAGAAGUCCGGUUCUAUAUAAAGCCCUGUGUGCUGUCUCCGUGACUACAGCAGCAUCCCUUCUAAAGCAGUAUCACCUCCUGUGUUCUACCAGACAGACACUAUGGAACUACAUUAGCAGUUAACCAGGGGGUUUGACUGGGCCAGACCUCCCUGGAAUGUCCGGGGGCCCUUGUGGGGUCUGUCUGGGGGUCCGGUUGCUGAUGCACAGAGAGAACCUCACCAGUCACUUCCUGCAGGGCUCUCAGUUUAGCGCCUGACUGCAGUGUUACUGGGGCCAGCAGUGCUCUAACCACCUCUUUCUCCUCCUCUCAUCUCUCCCCAGCCCCGAGGGAGCGGGAGCGGGACCAGUCUUCUUCGGCCCCUGAUUGCCCCUCUGGCUCUACGCACAUCCCAGGCAUGACCCUCACCCCGCAGGGACCCAGUGCUCAGCCUGCCUCCAACAGCUCUUCCUCCAGCCACAACAGCCGCUCCGGGUUAGUAAGAAGAACCACAGCUAGGCACCUGGCCAAUCAAUCAAUAGGCUACAUAAGCUAGCUGCUGGUCAAUAAGUGUAUGGUUCAUAGAAUCAAAAAUUCAGCAUGAACAUUGUGUAACCUAAUCACCGAAAAUGACUUACGUAGGGCAAUGUCGGUGUCAGUAGUUUUCGGUUUAUCAUCCCAGCUCUACUCUGUAGUUAUAGGCUCUAUAUCACUGUUCUCUAUCACCUUAUUGUCUUCGUCUUUGGCCGUGUCAGAAAUACCCAUACUUGCGUUCUUAGUAUGCAUUUUGGGUAUGCGGAAAAAAAUAACGUUUUAUAUUAUGUGAAAUUUCAAACAAUUUGUAUGCUUUAAAUGCCAGGAUCUCAUACUUUAGGCUUUUCAUCUAGUAGAAUUCGCUGCACACUAUUGAGGAAGCGAAUCGUAUUUUGAGACCCACGUGUGUCUGACGAGCUGAUAAUCAUAAAAUGAACGAAUGGCGGGAAUCAACGCAGUUGCACAAUAAUGACGCGUUCUCAGUAGGAGGAUGCCUAGUAUGCUGUUAUUUGUUGCUUACUGCAUUCAUUUUUACUUAACAGUACGUUCUAAAUAGUACGUAGUAUGAUUUUAAUAUGCAGUUUAAAUAAGUAGUAGGAAAGACACAUUUUGGACACGUUUUUUUUUCACCACCUGAAAGUAAUUAAUUUAUCAAAUUAAAGUUUACUGGUCGGGUUCACAGUUUUGCAGGUGUUAUAGCGGGUGCAGCAAAGUGCUUAUGUUACUAGCUCCUAACAAUGCAGUAAAAUGACAAAUCAAGAAAGAUCAGUGCAAAGGCCAAAUUACAGAGGAAUUACUUUUUGAGGCUAUUAAAUCCUUUGUGUGGAAAAACCCCAGGGCUUGAUGGCAUACUGGUAGAGGUAUAUCAAGCCUUUUUUGAUAUACUCAAAGCUCAAUUUUGAGCUUGUUUUAACUGCUCCUAUAGAAAUGGUAGUCUGACAGGUACUCAGCAGGAAGGUCUGAUUUCACUAUUAUUAAAACAAGACACAGAUGGCAAAUAGACUGGAUCUUUAUAUCUUAAAAACUGGAGGCCUCUAACACUUCAAUGUUGUGAUGCAAAAAUACUAGCGAAAAUGCAUAGCACUCAGAAUUAAGGUUUUACCAGAUAUUGUUCAUCCUGAUCAUAGGUUUUUUACAUGGACGAUACAUUGGUGAUAAUAUACUACUAGAAAUAAUAGAACAUCAUGAAACAUCUAAGAAGCCAGGCCUGGUAUUUAUAGCAGAUUUUGAAAAGGCCUUUGAUAAAGUAAGACUGGAUUUUAUUUAUAAAUGCCUGGAUUUUUUUUUCAAUUUCGGUGAUUCUCUUAUAAAAUGGGUAAAAGUAAUGUAUAGCAACCCCAGGUGUAAAAUAGUAAAUAGCAGCUACUUCUCAGAAUUGUCAAGAGGAGUUAAACAAGGGUGUCCGCUGUCACCAUAUCUAUUUGUUAUGGCCAUCGAAAUGCUAGCAAUUAAAAUCAGAUCAAAUAACAACAUUAGAGGAUUAGAAACGAAGGUGUCCAUGUAUGUCGAUGACUCAAGUUUUAUAUUAAGUCCGCAAGCUAGAUCCCUGCAAUGUCUCAUUGAAGAUCUAGAUCACUUUUCUGGACUCCCUGGACUAAAACCUAAUUAUGAUAAGUGUACAAUAUUACGUACUGGAUCUUUAAAAAAUACAACCUUUACAUUACCCUGCAGUUUACCUAUACAACUGGCUGACGGUGAAGUAGACAUACUUGGUAUUCAUAUCACAAAAUAUGUAAAUGAGCUCUCCACAAUGAAUUCAAUAGAAAACUUGUAAAAAUAGACAAGAUCCUGCAACCAUGGAGAGGUAAAUACCUGUCUAUUUAUGGAAAAAUUGCUCUGAUUUAACUCCUUAGUCAUAUCUUCCUUUACUCACUUACUUAUGGCGCUGCCUACUCCUGAUUUUAUUCAUUUUUCAAAUCAUACGAGCAAAAAAUAUUUCGCUUUUUGUGGGAUGCUAAACCAGACAAGAUAAAGCGUGCCUAUCUAUAUAAUGAAUAUGAAUUGGGUGGGUUGAUAUUAUAAAAUAUAUAGGCACUAAACCUCUCUAAAAGCAUCACUUAUUCAAAAGUUUUACUUGAACCCUAAAUGGUUCUCAAGUAGAUUACGAAGAAAAGCUCAUCCAUUGUUUAAAAAUGGCAAUUUUGCCUUUGUGCAGAUUGCCAUGUCUCAUCUUCGAUUAAUUGAAAAUUGUAUUUUUUCUUUUUCAAACAAGCAUUGCAGAGCUGGCUACAAUUUCAAUUUCAUUUCCCUGAAAAGAUAGAACAAACAUUAUGGCUGAACUCAAAUGUGCUGGUUGAUAUAAGACCUGUAUUUAUGGGAAAAAUUGGUAUUUUUGUUUUUAAAUGAUAUUGUAAAUUGGAAUGGUAGAGUUAUGUCUUUCAUGGAGUUAUCAGAAUUGUAUGGGAAGGUCUGCUCAAUCCAAGAUUACAACCAAUUGAUUACAGCAUUACCUCAAAAAAAUGGAGGAGGCAGGUGGCAGUGGGAGGAGGUAGGGAACUGGUCUGUCUGCCCAAUAUAUAGGAUCAAAACUGGCGGAGGAAUAAAAAUAGCAUGAAUAGGAAAGUAUACCAGUUUCAUUUGAGGACCAGGAUAUUGACAGCUGUGCCAUACAGAUUGCAAAAUAGUUGGGAAGAGAUUUUUUGAUGUACCGAUUCCAUGGUACAGGGUUUAUGAGUUGAUAUAUAAAACGACGCAAGAUUCAAGACUUCGUGCUUUUCAGCUAAAAUUAUUAUAUAGAAUUCUUGCCACCAACCAAAUGUUGAAUAUUUGGGGCAUACAAUCAUCGAAGCUCUGCAGAUUUUGUUGUGAGGAUACAGAAUCAAUAGACCAUUUGUUUUGGUAUUGCCCUCAGGUAGCCUGGUUCUGGUCUCAGGUUCAGGAAUGGCUGAAAAUGCAUAACAUUGAUUGAUUUUUCUCGGGGGGGGGGGGGGGGGGGGGGGAUCUUGGAGGGCUGGCUGUUGGGAGCUUGGGCCGGUGGCUGAUGGAUUGGUGGUUCGGGUCCCCGUUUUUGACCUUGUGGGAGAUCUGUCGACGUGCCCUUGAGCAUAUAAGCUGUUCGACAGACAGAUGGUCUGGUGAUAGAAGCUGUUCUUUAGUCUUGGUCUGAUCUCUGAUGCACCUGUACUGGCUGUCUUUUACCUGUGUGAAAAGAUUCCGGUGGUUGUGGUGUUAUUCUAGGCUAUUUCUACGUUCUUGCCUUUCAGCUUAAACGCUAGUUUUCUCUACAUCUCUGUGAUGUGUUAUUAAUAGGUGGCAUGCAGCAGCUACGGACCUUAAAACAGCCGCUGCUGUCGUAGAUGGACCGUCUUGCAGGCAGGCUGCAGGAGGGUGGCGUGAAGCUGUGUUUUUGUCAUGUGUGGUGGUAGUGUAGUCUCUGUUAGCAUGUAGACUAUGACCCUCUGGGCUGCUGUAGUCUAUAGCUGUCUAUAGUCUAUGGCCGCCGUCUGUCUCCUGUGGUCUCGUAGUGUUAGUGUAGUCUCUCAGUAUGUACAGUAUGUAUCUGUGUCUGUAGUGUUAGUGUACAAUAGUCUGUUGUCUGGACAAGUCUCAGUCUCUCAGUAUGUUCAGUGUUUAUGCCACUCUAGACCUUUUGGCGCUCGUCUUUCAGAGCACCCCCAGGGGACAUGGAUGAGCUGGACAGCCUACGCCUCGGGAUCAAGCGCUUCAACGAGGACGCCGUCUCCCUGGCCCCUUCCACCACUGACUCCAUCAUUGUAGAAGGUGAGUGGGCUAGGGAGGGAGCUGCUGCGCGUCGCAGCUCAGAUACUGUACCUGGGGCAAGUGUACUGUACAGCCAGGGUGGACAACCGCUACUGGGUGUGCAGGCUUUUGCUCCAACUCUGUUGUAACUAACCUGAUUCAGCUGAUCAAAGUCCUGGUGAGCAGCUAAUUGGUAGAAUCAGUGUUUGUUGGCUAGAUUAGGGUUGGAGAGAGCCUGCAGGACAGUAGCUCUCCAGGGGGAGGGUAGCUCUCCAGGGGGAGGGUAGCUCUCCAGGGGGAGGGUAGCUCUCCAGGGGGAGGGUAGCUCUCCAGGGGGAGCGUAGCUCUCCAGGGGGAGGGUAGCUCUCCAGGGGGAGGGUAGCUCUCCAGGGGAAGGGUAGCUCUCCAGGUGGAGGGUAGCUCUCCAGGGGGAGGGUAGCUCUCCAGGUGGAGGGUAGCUCUCCAGGUGGAGGGUAGCUCUCCAGGGGGAGGGUAGCUCUCCAGGGGGAGGGUAGCUCUCCAGGUGGAGGGUAGCUCUCCAGGGGGAGGGUAGCUCUCCAGGGGGAGGGUAGCUCUCCAGGGGGAGGGUAGCUCUCCAGGUGGAGGGUAGCUCUCCAGGUGGAGAAAAGCUCUCCAGGGGGAGGGUAGCUCUCCCUCCAGGGGGAGGGUAGCUCUCCAGGGGGGAGGGUAGCUCUCCAGGUGGAGGGUAGCUCUCCAGGUGGAGAAAAGCUCUCCAGGGGGAGGGUAGCUCUCCAGGGGGAGGGUAGCUCUCCAGGUGGAGGGUAGCUCUCCAGGGGGAGGGUAGCUCUCCAGGUGGAGGGUAGCUCUCCAGGUGGAGAAAAGCUCUCCAGGGGGAGGGUAGCUCUCCCUCCAGGGGGAGGGUAGCCCUCCAGGUGGAUGGUAGCUCUCCAGGGGGAGGGUAGCUCUCCAGGUGGAGGGUAGCUCUCCAGGGGGAGGGUAGCUCUCCAGGUGGAGGGUAGCUCUCCAGGUGGAGAAAAGCUCUCCAGGGGGAGCGAGCUCUCCAGGGGGAGGGUAGCUCUCCAGGGGGAGGGUAGCUCUCCAGGUGGAGGGUAGCUCUCCAGGUGGAGGGUAGCUCUCCAGGUGGAGGGUAGCUCUCCAGGUGGAGGGUAGCUCUCCAGGUGGAGGGUAGCUCUCUCUCCAGGGGGGGGGGUAGCUCUCCAGGGGGGAGGGUAGCUCUCCAGGGGGGAGGGUAGCUCUCCAGGUGGAGGGUAGCUCUCCCUCCCCCUAGCUCUCCCUCCAGGGGGAGGGUAGCUCUCCAGGGGGAGGGUAGCCCUCCAGGGGGAGGGUAGCCCUCCAGGUGGAGGGUAGCUCUCCAGGUGGAGGGUAGCUCUCCAGGUGGAGGGUAGCUCUCCAGGGGGAGGGUAGCUCUCCAGGGGGAGGGUAGCCCUCCAGGGGGAGGGUAGCUCUCCAGGUGGAGGGUAGCUCUCCAGGGGGAGGGUAGCUCUCCAGGUGGAGGGUAGCUCUCCAGGGGGAGGGUAGCUCUCCAGGGGGAGGGUAGCCCUCCAGGGGGAGGGUAGCUCUCCAGGUGGAGGGUAGCUCUCCAGGGGGAGGGUAGCUGCUCUCCAGGUGGAGGGUAGCUGCUCUCCAGGUGGAGGGUAGCUCUCCAGGGGGAGGGUAGCUCUCCAGGGGGAGGGUAGCUCUCCAGGGGGAGGGUAGCUCUCCAGGUGGAGGGUAGCUCUCCCUCCAGGUGGAGGGUAGCUCUCCCUCCAGGUGGAGGGUAGCUCUCCCUCCAGGUGGAGGGUAGCUCUCCAGGGGGGAGGGUAGCUCUCCAGGGGGGAGGGUAGCUCUCCCUCCCCCUAGCUCUCCCUCCAGGGGGAGGGUAGCUCUCCAGGGGGGGGGUAGCACUCCAGGUGGAGGGUAGCUCUCCAGGGGGGAGGGUAGCUCUCCAGGGGGGAGGGUAGCUCUCCAGGGGGGAGGGUAGCUCUCCAGGGGGAGGGUAGCUCUCCAGGGGGGAGGGUAGCUCUCCAGGGGGAGGGUAGCUCUCCAGGGGGAGGGUUGUCUAACCCUGUUAUGGUAGGUUAUGCAACUGAUAUGUAGAUUGCGUGGGCUAUGGGGAGGGAGAUGGGGCCUCACCCAGUUUCAUUAAGCUAGUGCGUGGGGGAGAGACCUCUAGCCGAGGUUGUCUAGCAGUACUGUGGCUCCUAGAGCUGCGACAGUAGAAAGACAACCAGCCAUCCACACAGACCGUGGUAGAUCACUAUGGGUUCUUACUGGCCGUAACACAGGUUGGAUUAUUACUUUUGCAUUUAAUUGCACAUGUUGGUAAAUCAUAUGAUGUGACAAUUAGGAACAUCACCUAUUGAAGGCAUUCAAAAUACAUUUCAGUUGAGUUGUGCUGCACACUAAUCAUAAUAAUUUGAGCCGUGCUGUUCUGUGACCCGCCCCUCCCCUUCCCCAGAUGCGUACUACUCUACAUUUCGAGCUGAUCUGGAUUCAGAUGCCCAGGACCUGGAGGUAUUGUAUUAUUGUACACUGAACUCGAAUAUAAAACACAACAUGUGAAGUGUUGGUCCCGUGUUUCAUGAGCUGAAAUAAAAGUUGUUCCAUUCGCACAAAAAGCGUAUUUAUCUCAAAUUUUGUGCACAAAUUUGUUUACAUCCCUGUUAGUGAGCAUUUCUCCUUUGCCAAGAUAAUCCAUCCACCUGACAGGUGUGGCAUAUCAAGAAGCUGAUUAAACAGCAUGAUCAUUACACAGGUGCACCUUGUGCUGGGGACAAUAAAAAAGCCACUCUAAAAUGUGCAGUUUUGUCACAACACAAUGCCACAGAUGUCUCCCAAGUUUUGAGGGAGCGUGCAAUUGGCAUGCUGACUGCAGGAAUGUCCACCAGAGCUGUUGCCAGGGAAUUGAAUGCUCAUUUCUCUACCAUAAGCCACCUCCAAUGUCAUUUGAAAGAAUUUGGCAGUACGUCCAACCGGCCUCACAACCGCCGACCACGUGUAUGGCGUUGUGUGGGCGAGCGGUAUGCUGAUGUCAACGUUGUGAACAGAGUGCCCCAUGGUGGCGGUAGGGUUAUGGUAUGGGCAGGCAUAAGCUACGGACAACGAACACAAUUGCAUUUUAUCGAUGGCAAUUUGAAUGCGCAGAAAUACCUUGACGAGAUCCUGAGGCCCAUUUAUUUUAAGGUAUCUGUGACCAACAGAUGCAUAUCUGUAUUCCCAGUCGUGUGAAAACCAUAGAUUAUGGCCUAAUUUAUUUAUUUCAAUUGACUGAUUUCCUCAUAUGAACUGUAACUCAAUAAAAUCUUUGAAAUUGUUGAAUGUUGUGUUUAUAUUUUUGUUCAGUGUAUUUAUUAUUAUUAUAUAUUUGUAUGAUCUAUUACAUCGUAUAUAUUAUAGGUGGAGUCAUGGAGUCUGGCUGUGGACCAACAGUACCUGAAGAAACACACCAAGGAGAUGGUCAAGAGACAGGACGUUAUCUACGGUACAUUUCACUGUCUUUUAUGUUGUAUUCCAAGGAGAUGGUCAAGAGACAGGACGUUAUCUACGGUACAUUUCACUGUCUUUUAUGUUGUAUUCUGAUGUUUUAGACCAGGGGUGUCAAACUCAUUUUAGCUCAGGGGCCACAUGGAGGAAAAUCUAUUCCCAAGUGGGCCGGACCGGAAAAAUCAUGGUGUGUGUGUAUAUAUAUAUAUAUAACUUAAAAACAACAACUUCAGAUUGUUUUCUUUGUUUUAAUACGAUCAACAUACAACAUAAAGCUGGAGCCUGAGGACAGUGUGUCCAAAAUAGUACAAGCACAACAUCACUAUUAAUCAUAAAACACGUCAAGUUUAUUUGAAAAUUCUAAAGAAAAAGAACACACAAACACACAAUGCCUCAGUGAUUCACAGAACUGUUUCACAGAUCACAGAACUAUAUCAGGGUGUCAUUUCUCAGGCAGAAAUGUAGAUAAAAAUAAUGAAAUCCUGUUCCCCAAACAAGUGCAAGAACCACAGAGUCAAGAAUAGGUUAAAUAUACAAAUAAAAUAAAAUCAAUUAAAAACAAUAGCACAUCAACAUAAAAACAUAUAAACAUAAAGCUGGAGCCUGAGGACAGUGUCCAAAAGCACAACAUCACUAUUAAUCAUAAAACACCUCAAGUUAUUUGAAAGUUCUGAGGACAAAGAACACACAAACACACAAUGCCUCAGUGAUUCACAGAAGUAUAUCACAGAUCACAGAACUAUAUCAGGGUGUCAUUUCUCAGGCAGAAAUGUAGAUAAAAAUAAUGAAAUCCUGUUCCCCAAACAAGUGCAAGAACCACAGAGUCAAGAAUAGGUUAAAUAUACAAAUAAAAUAAAAUCAAUUAAAAACAAUAGCACAUCAACAUAAAAACAUAUAAACAUAAAUCUGAAAGCGUUGCUCAAACUCCCGUAACAGUCCCGUUAUUUUAUCUUUGAACCGCUUCAUGUCUGCCACAUGUUGGGUCGCGCACACAUUUUUCAGACAGGGGAAGUGAGCUGCAUCACCACCGGCAAGUUGCGUCUCCCACAAUGACAGCUUCAACUUGAAAGAACGUAUGCUGUCAUAAUACUGCGUGACAACUUUGUUGCGCCCUUGCAGCUGUUUGUUCAAGUUAUUCAGGUGCUCUGUAACAUCCACCAUAAAUGCAAGGUCCUGCAUCCAUUCUGCGGAAUGAAAUUCUAACACUGGUUUGCCCUUUUCUUCCAUGAACUGUUCAAUUUCUUCUCGUAAAUCAAAGAAACGCCUCAGCACCUCGGCUUAACCAUCUUACCUCAGUGUGGUAUGGCAGGCCAUAGAUGUGGUCUUUCUCUCUGAGAAGGCUGUCAAACUGACGGUGAUUCAGGCUUCUGGAUCGGAUGAAAUUAACAGUUUGGAUGACCACCUUCAUGACGUUAUCCAUCUUUAAUGACUUGCAACACAAAGCCUCCUGGUGCAAAAUACAGUGAAAAGUCAAAAAAUCACGUCCUCCAUUUGCAGAUUGCACUUUCUCUCUGAACUUUGUCACAACGCCUGCUUUUUUUCCCGAUCAUUGAGGGCGCACCAUCUGUAGCCAGGCUGACAGCGCGGGACCAGUCCACUCCGACCCUGUCCAGCGCGCCGACGAGUGCGGUAAAAAUAUCAGCUGCUGUCGUUGUAUCUGUCAUCGGCACCAACUCCACGAACUCCUCGGUGACGGUCAAUGUGUCAUCAACUCCGCAGAUGAAAAUGGCCAGUUGUGCAACAUCUGUAAUAUCCGUGCUUUCAUCAAUUGCAACCGAAAACGCAAUAAAUGACUUUACUUUUUGCUUCAACUGGCUGUCCAAAUCCACUGAAAGAUCAGAAAUCCUGUCUGCAACUGUGUUUCUUGUCAGGCUGAUAUUUGCAAAAGCCUGCCGCUUUUCAGGGCACACAAUCUCCGCUGCCUUCAUCAUGCAUGUUUUUACAAAUUCACCCUCACUAAAUGGUUUUGAAGCCACUGCGAUUUCAUUAGCAAUGAGGUAGCUAGCUUUCACUGCAGCGUCACUGAUGUCUCGGCUGUGAGUAAACACAGACUGCUGUUUCUUCAGACCCGCCAACAGUUCAUUCACCUUCUCUCAUCUCCGCUGUCCUUGAAAGUUGUCAUAUUUGUCGGCAUGAAGACUCACAUAGUGGCGACGAAGGUUAUAUUCUUUCAGCACUGCAACAUGCUCUGAACACACCAAACAUACAGCUUUCCCAUUCAAUUCCGUGAAUAAAUAGGAUGACAAUUUUUCUUGGAACACUCUGCACUCUGCGUCCACUUUUCUCUUUUUUGACAGAGACAUAUUGGGGCAAUGAGGGUGCCAAAGCACAUAAUGUUAAAAGUAGAAGCCGUAAUAAAUAUCGCGGGCAAAACAAAGUAGCUCAUUGGCUGCACGUGCUUGACCUACUUGCUCUGCCCCGGUAUAAACAGUUUGCUUGCUUAACACAAUUGCUAUUGCGCCAUCCAGUGGACGCAAUUGGAACAGCAGUUUAUUUAAUCGAAAAAUUGCAGCGCAUUUUUAUACUUUACAAAAUUAUUAUUAUUAUUAUUUUAUUUAUUUUUUUCAAAAUCAUCUCGCGGGCCGGAUUAAACCCGUUUGCGGGCCUGAUUCGGCCCGCGGGCCGGACGUUUGACACCCCUGUUUUAGACAAUUUAUGUUCAUUUGUCUUAUGUUGGCUUUCAUUGUGUUUUUAUAGUUAUAUCUGUGAUUAAGUUUAGGAUUAAAAGGUAAGUUAGGGAAAUGGAGAAGCCAUUUGUACCAUUUUUCUGUUUGUCUGGACUUGCCAUUGUUUUAUUAUUGACCUCAAAUCAAAUCAAUUUUUAUUUGUCACAUACACGUGUUUAGCAGAUGUUAUAGCGGGUGUAGCGAAAUGCUUGUGCUUCUAGCUGCGACAGUGCAGUAAUAUCGAACAAUUUCACAAUAAAUGGAGUCCAGUGGUUGAAAAGCAAAUUCCUUUUUAAAGACCAACUAGAUGGUUGAACCCCCGUCUGUCUGUCGGGCUGUAUUUCUCCCAACAGAGCUGAUACAGACGGAGAUGCACCACGUGCGGAUCCUGAAGAUCAUGCUGCGUGUGUACGUCAGGGAGCUGAAGGAGCACCUUCACCUGGACGAUCUGUUCCCACGCCUGGAGACCCUGCUACAGCUGCACACACACUUCCUGUCCCGCCUCAAAGAGCGGCGGCGAGACGCCAUGCAGCCCGGCAGCGACAGGAACUACAACAUACAGAGACUCGCUGACAUCCUCACCACUCAGGUAGAGACUACACACACAGUAAUAUAUAUAUAUAUAUAUAUAUAUAUAUACAGUGGGGAGAACAAGUAUUUGAUACACUGCCGAUUUUGCAGGUUUUCCUACUUACAAAGCAUGUAGAGGUCUGUAAUUUUUAUCAUAGGUACACUUCAACUGUGAGAGACGGAAUCUAAAACAAAAAUCCAGAAAAUCACAUUGUAUGAUUUUUAAGUAAUUAAUUUGCAUUUUAUUGGAUUUUACUGCAUUAAAUUUACUCGACAAAUCAGACGCUGUGUCCCAAUUACCUCGACAGUGUUCCUCUCUGAGUUCCUCUUCCCUUUAUAUGUCAAAAGGAUCAUGUGUGUGUAUAUAGUCAUACCGUAUUGCGUUGGUUUAACCUGUCAGAGAGAUGAGGUAAUCGGAGCAGACUAUCUACAGUUUCUCCUCAUUCCUGUCUCUGCUCCAGUUUUCAGGUGACAUAGGGGAGCAGAUGAAGGAGAGCUAUGGUGAUUUCUGCAGCCACCACACCGAGGCUGUCGGCAACUACAAGGAGCAACUACACAGCAACAAGAAGUUCCAGAACCUCAUACGGGUUGGUCGUUACUGGUUCCAUUACUGUAGUAUAGAAAUUGACAAAAGGUCCAGCACCAUCUGGGGGCUGUCUGCAGUUGAAAACGGUCACCCUCGCCUCUGUUUUGGUCAAAAACUGAGGGGUGGGCCUGGAGAAAUGUGACCAUUCUUAAAUUCAUAGACAUAGCUAUUGAUGCAAGGACUGACCAUCCAUGAUCCAAAAUGAUAGUUUUAAGCAUUUCUUUAGGCUAUACAGUGUUUACGUUUACAAUGUAGUAAAACAAGCUUACAUUUGGGGUUCUGAUGGGGUACACCAGUUCUAAGCUCAUGAGGCAAGUUAUAUUCUUCAAGAAUCAAUGAGUACAGUUGAAGUUGAAAUUUACAUACACUUGGAUUGGAGUCAUUAAAACUUGUUUUUCAACCACUCCACAAAUUUCUUGAUAACAAACUAUAGUUUUGGCAAGUCGGUUAAGACAUCUUCUUUGUGCAUGACACAAGUCAUUUUUCCAACAAUUGUUUACAGACAGAUUAUUUCACUUAUAAUUCACUCUAUCACAAUUCCAGUGGGUCAGAAGUGUACAUACACUAAGUUGACUGUGCCUUUAAACAGCUUGGAACAUUCCAGAAAAUGAUGUCGUGGCUUUAGAAGCUUCUGAUAGGCUAAUUGACAUAAUUUGUGUCAAUUGGAGGUGUACCUGUGGAUGUAUUUCAAGGCCUACCUUCAAACUCAGUGCCUCUUUGCUUGACAUCAUGGGAAAAUCAAAAGAAAUCAGCCAAGACCUCAGAAAAAAAUGUGUAGACCUCUGGUUCAUCCUUGGGAGCAAUUUCCAAACGCCUGAAGGUACCACGUGCAUCUGUUCAAACAAUAGUACGCAAGUAUAAACACCAUGGGACCAUGCAGCCGUCAUACCGCUCAAGAAGGAGACGCGUUCUGUCUCCUAGAGAUUAACGUACUUUGGUGCGAAAAGUGCAAAUCAAUCCCAGAACAACAGCAAAGGACCUUGUGAAGAUGCUGGAGAAAACAGGUACAAAGUAUCUAUAUCCACAGUAAAACGAGUCCUAUAUUGACAUAACCUGAAAGCCCGCUCAGCAAGGAAGAAGCCACUGCUCCAAAACCGACAUAAAAAAGCCAGACUACGGUUUGCAACUGCACAUGUGGACAAAGAUCGUACUUUUUGGAGAAAUGUCCUCUGGUCUGAUGAAACAAAAAUAGAACUGUUUGGCCAUAAUUGACCAUCGUUAUGUUUGGAGGAAAAAGGGGGUCGCUUGCAAGCCGAAGAACACCAUCCCAACCGUGAAGCACGGGCGGUGGCAGCAUCAUGCUGUGGGGGUGCUUUGCUGCAGGAGAGACUGGUGCACUUCACAAAAUAGAUGGCAUCAUGAGGAAGGAAAAUUAUGUGGAUAUAUUGAAGCAACAUCUCAAGACAUCAGUCAGGAAGUUAAAGCUUGGUCGAAAAUGUGUCUUCCAAGUGGACAAUGACCCCAAGCAUACAUCCAAAGUUGUGGCAAAAUGGCUUAAGGACAACAAGGUCAGGGUAUUGGAGAGGCCAUCACAAAGCCCUGACCUAAAUCCUAUAGAAAAUGUGUGGGCAGAACUGAAAAAGUGUGUGCGAGCAAGGAGGCCUACAAACCUGACUCAGUUACACCAGCUCUGUCAGGAGGAAUGGGCCAAAAUUCACCCAACUUAUUGUGGGAAGCUUGUGGAAGGCUACCCGACACGUUUGACCCAAUUUAAACAAUUUAAAGGCAAUGCUCCCAAAUACUAAUUGAGUGUAUGUAAACUUCUGACCCACUGGGAAUGUGAUGAAAGAAAUAAAAGCUAAAAUAAAUCAUUCUCUCUACUAUUAUUCUGACAUUUCACAUUCUUAAAAUAAAGUGGUGAUCCUAACUGAUCUAAGACAGGGCAUUUUUACUAGGAUUAAAUGUCAGGAAUUGUGAAAAACUGAGUUGAAAUGUAUUUGGCUAAGGUGUAUGUAAACUUUCGACUUCAACGGUAUAUCAUUUUAAGUUAUAAGUCCAAAAAUGUAUGCAGCAACUGCGGAUUUGACCCCUUUUUCUAAAGAGGAUGUGAAACAUUAAUGAGAGUGGGUUAUUUAUGAACGUGUGGCAUGUUCGCAUCCAGCUUUUGUGGCCUCCUGUGUGUAACCAGAAACAUUUUAUUGAUUGCCCUACAUGGUCCGUGAACAGUAUGUAUAAUGCAUGUCCCUUUUUCUUCCAGAAAGUCAAUAAUCUGUCUGUUGUGAGAAGAUUAGGAGUGACUGAGUGUAUUCUCCUGGUGACACAACGCAUCACCAAGUACCCUGUGCUGGUGGAACGCAUUGUGCAGAACACAGAAGGUUAAUAGACAGAGGGUUUAUGUACUUGGUCUCUACCCUCCGAUGACUCUUGAGGUUUAGGCCCGACUUUCUGUUAAAGACUGUUGGACUAGAAAGAAUAACGUUAUUUCUCCCUGAUGUUCAGUGUGUCUGAAGUUGAAUAACUAAUCAAUGAAAUGUAUUUUAUAAAGCCCUUUUUUUACAUCCAACAGUAAAACAUCACCACACUCCCUCACAGAUACCUAAAAGCCCAAAGAGCUAAGAGAAAUACCAACAUUCUGAGUGUCUGAAGUUAUCCUCCCCUUUACUCCCUCCAGUGGGGACGGAGGAACACGACGAGUUGUCCAGGUCUCUGGGUCUGAUCAAAGACUGCAUCGUCCAGGUGGAUGCCCUGGUCAACCUGCAUGAGAAGGCCUCGCGCCUCCGAGACAUCGCCCACAAGAUGGAGCCCAAGUCCCUGGGCAAGAUCAAAGAUGGCCGUGUGUUCCACAGAGAGGACCUGGCCCAGGGUCGACGCAGGCUGCUGCACGAGGGGACGGCCAACCACAAGGCUGCCUCCGGCAGACUCAAAGGUAACAGGAUGACCCUCAGGCCAGGGUUGGGGUCAAUUUAAUUUCAACUCCAGUCAAUUCAGGAAGUGCACAGAAAUUCAAAUUCUCUUCAAUGCUUUUCAAUUGGGGAAAGUUUGGAAUUUGUUUUACUUUCUGAAUUGACCUUAACCCUGCCUCAGGGGCUGCAUCUCCAAUAAUCUGAAGUAAGUGAUCUUUUCUCUUCUAUCUGUAUUGAUUUCACACAGGUCUAAAAAUGUACCUCCCCUUUUCAUUUCAGAUAUACUGGCUGUGCUUCUGUCUGACGUGCUAUUGUUACUCCAAGAGAAGGACCAGAGAUAUGUCUUCUCUGCUGUGGUGAGUCGUGAAUUCUGAUGUGUCAGUUAAUUCCGCCCUGUAACAUGACUACGCUUUGUUUUCCUCUCUGGAACGACUAACUGAAUCUGUCACACUAAAAUCCUAACUCAACUCUCAAUGGAAAUUUAGACACCGCUUCUUCUGUUUAUCUGUCUAGAACAGGGCUCUCCAACCCUGUUCCUGGAGAACUACCCUCCUGCAGGUUUACACCAGGGCUCUCCAACCCUGUUCCUGGAGAACUACCCUCCUGCAGGUUUACAUCAGGGCUCUCCAACCCUGUUCCUGGAGAACUACUCGCCCUGGUGUAAACCUGCAGGAGGGUAGCUCUCCAACCCUGUUCCUGGAGAACUACUCGCCCUGGUGUAAACCUGCAGGAGGGUAGCUCUCCAACCCUGUUCCUGGAGAACUACUCGCCCUGGUGUAAACCUGCAGGAGGGUAGCUCUCCAACCCUGUUCCUGGAGAACUACUCGUCCUGGUGUAAACCUGCAAGAGGGUAGCUCUCCAACCCUGUUCCUGGAGAACUACUCGUCCUGGUGUAAACCUGCAGGAGGGUAGCUCUCCAACCCUGUUCCUGGAGAACUACUCGUCCUGGUGUAAACCUGCAGGAGGGUAGCUCUCCAACCCUGUUCCUGGAGAACUACUCGUCCUGGUGUAAACCUGCAGGAGGGUAGCUCUCCAACCCUGUUCCUGGAGAACUACUCGUCCUGGUGUAAACCUGCAGGAGGGUAGCUCUCCAACCCUGUUCCUGGAGAACUACUCGUCCUGGUGUAAACCUGCAAGGAGGGUAGUUCUCCAGGAACAGGGUUGGAGAGCCCUGGUGUAAACCUGCAGGAGGGUAGUUCUCCAGGAACAAGGUUGGUGAGCCCUGGUGUAAACCUGCAGGAGGGUAGCUCUCCAGGAACAGGGUUGGAGAGCCCUGGUGUAAACCUGCAGGAGGGUAGUUCUCCAGGAACAGGGUUGGUGAGCCCUGGUGUAAACCUGCAGGAGGGUAGCUCUCCAGGAACAGGGUUGGAGAGCCCUGGUGUAAACCUGCAGGAGGGUAGCUCUCCAGGAACAGGUUCUAGAACUAUGAAAAGUUCCUCCAUUUUGCUUUCUGGUGUCAUUCUCUUUCAGUGUGACUUGUAGCUGCCUUGUGCCUCUCUCUCCUCCCCAGGACAACAAGCCCUCAGUGAUCUCCCUCCAGAAGUUGAUAGUGAGGGAGGUGGCCCACGAGGAGAAGGCCAUGUUCCUGAUCUGCACCUCCUCCAAAGAGCCUGAGAUGUAUGAGAUACACACUGCCUCCAAAGAGGAGCGCAACUCCUGGAUGACACACAUCCGCCAGGCCGUGGAGAGGUACACGUACACACUCUCUCUCUCUCUCUCUCGCACACCAGAGCGGAGUUGAGCGGUUGGAAAGGCGCUCCAUGUCCUUUCCUACCUCUUGGUUAAAAACCGCUCUGUGCUCACAGGAUAAAGAACUGCUGCUCCAAAUUCGCUCCAUUCAUUAAAAUUAAAAUGUAACCAACACCCAUCUACUUUUUGUGACUACCUGGACCUGCCAUUUGGUUUUGAAGUAUUCAAACCAAACCAUAUAGAUUUGAAUUAAAAGUAUUUUAAUAAACAUGAAAAGGUGACUGUAAGAGGCGCUCAUCAUUUCAAAUAGGCUACAUGUCGUAUUAAACAGCAAAUAAACACUCUAAAUAGGUCAGGAGACAGACUGGGAGCCUAAGAAGGAACGAAAAAUAAUUAUUUAGGCGAUAUUAUUUCAAGGCUAUCGUCUACAAACAAAUCAAUUGUGGAGCAUUUGUGACACACUAGCCUGGCAGGGACAUAAAAGGUGCAACAUUUUAAACACCAUUUUGUUGUAUUAAAUCAGUAUAGUCUAUAAAUUGCGCAUAUAGACUGUGAUUUAUUUAGAUAUAAAUACAAAUUAAACGAAAAAUGACUAAUUAGUGACUUUUUAAAAUCAUUUUUAGAAAGACGAGUUUGGCCAGUCUGUGGCUUCAGGCUCAUGCCAUGGUACCUGGAGAGCAGGCCAGCUGCAGAGGAUAUCCUCUCCAUGGUGCCUGGAGAGCCGGCCAGCAGUGGAGGAUAUCCUCUCCAUGGUGCCUGGAGAGCAGGCCAGCAGUGGAGAAUAUCCUCUCCAUGGUGCCUGGAGAGCAGGCCAGCAGUGGAGAAUAUCCUCUCCAUGGUGCCUGGAGAGCCGGCCAGCAGCAGAGGAUAUCCUCUCCAUGGUGCCUGGAGAGCCGGCCAGCAGCAGAGGAUAUCCUCUCCAUGGUGCCUGGAGAGCCGGCCAGCAGCAGAGGAUAUCCUCUCCAUGGUGCCUGGAGAGCAGGCCAGCAGUGGAGGAUAUCCUCUCCAUGGUGCCUGGAGAGCAGGCCAGCAGUGGAGAAUAUCCUCUCCAUGGUGCCUGGAGAGCAGGCCAGCAGUGGAGAAUAUCCUCUCCAUGGUGCCUGGAGAGCCGGCCAGCAGCAGAGGAUAUCCUCUCCAUGGUGCCUGGAGAGCCGGCCAGCAGCAGAGGAUAUCCUCUCCAUGGUGCCUGGAGAGCCGGCCAGCAGCAGAGGAUAUCCUCUCCAUGGUGCCUGGAGAGCAGGCCAGCAGCAGAGGAUAUCCUCUCCAUGGUGCCUGGAGAGCCGGCCAGCAGUGGAGAAUAUCCUCUCCAUGGUGCCUGGAGAGCAGGCCAGCAGCAGAGGAUAUCCUCUCCAUGGUGCCUGGAGAGCAGGCCAGCAGCGGAGAAUAUCCUCUCCAUGGUGCCUGGAGAGCCGGCCAGCAGUGGAGAAUAUCCUCUCCUCACUUGCAGAGGCACUGGGGAUGCUAAACAGCCUUUUGGGCACUAUUGCCAGGCUGGACAGAGAUGCAGAUUAUUAUUAUUUAUAUAUAUAUAUAUAUAUAUAUAUAUAUAUAUAUAUAUUUAUUUUUUAAUAUAGGUAGGUCUAAAGGUUUUUAGGCAAAAUAACCCAAUCAAAACGUAAAGCUUCUUGAACGUGGGAAUAUGCCAGGGCUGUUGGGCCGAAAUCAAUGAUGGCCUAUUGUAAAGAUAAUAGAACGAAAAUGAACUAAACGUUUAAGGAUCAGAUUUUUUGUUUAUAAAUACUUUGCCACAAUGUGCAUGUAGUAACUACACCAUGCUUUGGGUUUAGUUGUGGACACUACGUCACCACACUCCCUCUCUUGGGUUUAGUUGUGGACACUACGUCACCACACUCCCUCUCUUGGGUUUAGUUGUGGACACUACGUCACCACACUCCCUCUCUUGAAUUUAGUUGUGGACACUACGUCACCACACUCCCUCUCUUGGGUUUAGUUGUGGACACUACGUCACCACACUCCCUCUCUUGGGUUUAGUUGUGGACACUACGUCACCACACUCCCUCUCUUGGGUUUAGUUGUGGACACUACGUCACCACACUCCCUCUCUUGGGUUUAGUUGUGGACACUACGUCACCACACUCCCUCUCUUGGGUUUAGUUGUGGACACUACGUCACCACACUCCCUCUCUUGGGUUUAGUUGUGGACACUACGUCACCACACUCCCUCUAUUGGGUUUAGUUGUGGACACUACGUCACCACACUCCCUCUCUUGGGUUUAGUUGUGGACACUACGUCACCACACUCCCUCUCUUGGGUUUAGUUGUGGACACUACGUCACCACACUCCCUCUCUUGGGUUUAGUUGUGGACACUACGUCACCACACUCCCUCUCUUGGGUUUAGUUGUGGACACUACGUCACCACACUCCCUCUCUUGAAUUUAGUUGUGGACACUACGUCACCACACUCCCUCUCUUGGGUUUAGUUGUGGACACUACGUCACCACACUCCCUCUCUUGGGUUUAGUUGUGGACACUACGUCACCACACUCCCUCUCUUGGGUUUAGUUGUGGACACUACGUCACCACACUCCUUCUCUUGGGUUUAGUUGUGGACACUACAUCACCACACUCCCUCUCUUGGGUUUAGUUGUGGACACUACGUCACCACACUCCCUCUCUUGGGUUUAGUUGUGGACACUACGUCACCACACUCCCUCUCUUGGGUUUAGUUGUGGACACUACAUCACCACACUCCCUCUCUUGUUCUUGAUCCUCCUCAUCUUUGUAAGUCACCUUGAUUUGUCACCUGUGUGUUUUUAUCAGUUUCUUUAUGACAAUAUUUAGUGAACUCCAUGACCGUAGCUAAAGCAAGGGGCUAUAGCAGCACACAAGUAGACUACAGAUGCAUGCUGGGACGGGCACGCCCUGAGCUGGUGACGUGAGCGCUACUGGAGCGGGCGAGAAGGCCGACGCUCCAACCUUUGCGGGGAAUUUAGACGCAUCCAAUGCAAAAACAAAUUUCUCUAGCUUAAACUGACAGAUUUAUAUUGGGAUGUUUUAUAUUAUGCUAAUUAGAUUCCCACAGGUGCGCCGAUGACUCUAGGGGGUUAAAUGAUAGUAGCGCACAUCUGUGUCGCUCCAUCUUUGAACUGACCGUCGAAUAACAGUUUCCCCUGUAUCAAUAAAUCCAUAGCGCCACAGUACAAUAGAACAUGAAAAUUCGUAGCUCUUGAAACAAACCAAACACAACAAUUUUAAUUCACCCAGUAACAUUUAAUUUAGUCUAUUUAAAGUUUUCACACCUCUCCUGGACUUCCGCGGGAACAUCUUGUCCCGGAUAAAGCCACAGAUCAGGUGUGUCUCUCCUCUGAGAUGCCAACAUACGGCCAUCCAUCCGAACAAUGCAUUUAGUCCUCACACUGGCCUCUGCAAGACGAGGAUCACCUGCUUUUCCACUACACAAUCUCUCAAGCACAAGCCCACAUGGUAGGGAGUAAGACAGCUAAUAUUUUAUAUUUCAAGUUUAGACAACUUGGAUCUAUUUGCUAGCUAACCAGGUAGAACAGUUGAAUUGUUAUGAACACACCCUUCUGUCCGUCUCCAGCUGUUUGAAAAGCAUGUUAGCCUGUCCACAUUGUUCAGAUGUUGAAAUCAAGUGACCUACCUUAUUUCUCCGAAUUAGAACGAGUUGCAAAUUACUGAUAUACUUGUGUUUUUAUGAUUAUUGCACAUUUAUAAAACACAGACUAGACAGCUAGUGUGACAGUAUUUGGCUAGAAUGCUGCUAGCGGUACGACAAUGCCGCGCGCGACAAACUGAGCAUUCAUUUUCCAGAAUCAAUAUUCAUUGAUACACUCAUUUUAGAAGUGUCUGCUCUGCGUGCAAUUUGAGUAGUUGAGACAAAGAAAGGUAGUUAGAAAGGUUAACUUCUCCUCUAUUACAGUAAAAUAAUGUCUCAAUGGGUUUGUCCAUAUGACCGAUUCUGUUGGACCAAAACUGGGGGGGGGGGAGGGGCUUGGUGUGGGGGGGGGGAGGGGCUUAGUGUUUGUGGGGGGAGGGGCUUGGUGUGUGGGAGGGGCUUGGUGUGUGUGCGUAAAUGGGAAGAUGCACAGUCGCAGCAGGAAGGAAGGAGAAGAGACCAAAAGGACAUGAGAGAAAGCUGACAAAAACGCUCAUACUUUUAAAAAAAAAACAUUAUAAACAUGUUUCUUUCAAGACAGGCAUCUGAAAUAUCGUGCCAAAACAUACAUUCAAAUGAAUUCUAUAUAUCACCCAGCCCUAUCUCCUUCCCUCUUCUAUAUAUCACCCAGCCCUAUCUCCUUCCCUCUUCUAUAUAUCACCCAGCCCUAUCUCCUUCCCUCUUCUAUAUAUCACCCAGCCCUAUCUCCUUCCCCCUUCUAUAUAUCACCCAGCCCUAUCUCCUUCCUCUUCUAUAUAUCACCCAGCCCUAUCUCCUUCCCUCUUCUAUAUAUCACCCAGCCCUAUCUCCUUCCCCCUUCUAUAUAUCACCCAGCCCUAUCUCCUUCCCCCUUCUAUAUAUCACCCAGCCCUAUCUCCUUCCCCCUUCUAUAUAUCACCCAGCCCUAUCUCCUUCCCUCUUCUGUAUAUCACCCAGCCCUAUCUCCUUCCCUCUUCUGUAUAUCACCCAGCCCUAUCUCCUUCCCUCUUCUAUAUAUCACCCAGCCCUAUCUCCUUCCCUCUUCUAUAUAUCACCCAGCCCUAUCUCCUUCCCCCUUCUAUAUAUCACCCAGCCCUAUCUCCUUCCCUCUUCUAUAUAUAACCCAGCCCUAUCUCCUUCCCCCUUCUAUAUAUCACCCAGCCCUAUCUCCUUCCCUCUUCUAUAUAUCACCCAGCCCUAUCUCCUUCCCUCUUCUAUAUAUCACCCAGCCCUAUCUCCUUCCCCCUUCUAUAUUCACCCAGCCCUAUCUCCUCCCCCCUUCUAUAUAUCACCCAGCCCUAUCUCCUUCCCCUUCUAUAUAUCAACCCAGCCCUAUCUCCUUCCCUCUUCUAUAUAUCACCCAGCCCUAUCUCCUUCCCUCUUCUAUAUAUCACCCAGCCCUAUCUCCUUCCCCCCUUCUAUAAUCACCCAGCCCUAUCUCCUUCCCUCUCUAUAUAUCACCCAGCCCUAUCUCCUUCCCUCUUCUAUAUAUAACCCAGCCCUAUCUCCUUCCCCCUUCUAUAUAUCACCCAGCCCUAUCUCCUUCCCCCUUCUAUAUAUCACCCAGCCCUAUCUCCUUCCCCCUUCUAUAUAUCACCCAGCCCUAUCUCCUUCCCUCUUGCUCGUCCACUCUUUCUCUCCAGUGUUAAACACUUAAGGGCUUUUCACACUACUGAGCCGAACCGAACCAAGCUGGACUGGUUACGCAGCCACCACAUUUAUUGGAACCGUGCUGAAAAUAACUUUUAUCAAGAGUCUCUGCUUAGUUUGGGUCGGCACGGUGAAAAGUCCUGCCCGUUCGUACAGCUCUCAACCAUACAGCUCCUUCACAGGUGUUGAUGCAGCAUUGAGGACCCAUUUGUGUAUCCACAAAGCACCUCAGAGUAGGAGUGCUGACCUAGGGUCAGAUCCUCACCUGUCCAUAUAAUGUUAUUCAUAAUGAUCUAAAAGGCAAAACUGGUCCUAGAUCAGCACUCCUACUCUGAAAUGCUUUGUGGAUACGAUCCCAGCUCAUUAAAACACGUCAUUACCUCUGCCUGGCCUGUGGCAUUUAAUGUUGCCAUUUCAUUCUCAUGACCUUUUACAAGAUGUGGCAGUCAUGGGAUGUCUUGUACAUGGUCACAGACCCAACUACUCUGGCAGAGGUCAUCUUGUGUGAGGUCUGGGUCUUCAACUCCCAGCACCACCAUAUAGCUGGUGAGAGACCGUGUGGCGCUGUGCCUAACAACCAUCUUUCACUCCAGCUGAACAUACUGUACUUGUACUCCUGAGUGGCGCAGUGGUCUAAGGCACUGCAUCGCAGUGCUAACUGUGCCACUAGAGAUCCUGGUUGGAAUCCAGGCUCUGUCGCAGCCGGCCGCGACCGGGAGACUCAUGGGGCGGCGCACAAUUGGCCCAGCGUCGUCCAGGGUAGGGUAGGGAAUGGCCGGCAGGGAUGUAGCUCAGUUGAUAGAGCGUGGCGUUUGCAACGCCAGGGUUGUGGUUUUGAUUCCCACGGGGGGGGGGCAGUAUAAAAAAAAUUAAAAAAAAUGUAUUCACUAACUGUAAGUCGCUCUGGAUAAGAGCGUCUGCAAAAUGACUAAAAUGUAAAAUGUAAUAUAAAACAUCAGGUGGUUAUAAUACUGCUCCUCAAUGGGACCUGAACAUACUGUAUAACAUCAGGUGGUUAUAAUACUGCUCCUCAAUGGAACCUGAACAUACUGUAUAACAUCAGGUGGUUAUAAUACUGCUCCUCAAUGGGACCUGAACAUACUGUAUAACAUCAGGUGGUUAUAAUACUGCUCCUCAAUGGGACCUGAACAUACUGUAUAACAUCAGGUGGUUAUAAUACUGCUCCUCAAUGGGACUAAGUGGUUGAAAAGAGAACCUCGAUACACAGUUGAUCCCCAGGACUGGAGUUGAGAAACACUGCUUUGUAUCUAAACCCAAGGCAUUGAGUCCUAGCUAACUCACCUCUCUCUCUCUCUCUCUCUCUCUCUCCUCUCUCUCUCUCUCUCUCUCUCUCUCUCUCUGUCUGUGUGUCUCUCUCUCUCUCUCUCUGUCUCUCUGUCUGUGUGUCUCUCCCUCUCUCUCCCUCUCCCUCUCCCUCUCCCUCUCCCUCUCCCUCUCUCUCUCUCUCUCCAGUUGUCCACACACUGAGGAGAGACUCUUCAGUGAGGAGGAGGAGGAGGCUCGAGCCGCCAGAUUCAAAGAGUUCCAAGGUAACUUACAACGACAGACCAAUGGCCUCGUCUUUCUGUAAUCGAGUCAUGUUGAUGCUAGGGCACGAGGCGGUGGUCAUACGCCAGUCAACAUUCACCUUCAAUGUUUCUAUUCCUGGCAAUUCAUGUAAUUAGGAGAACUCUCUCUUCCUUUCUCUGUGUCUCCUCUCCCAGUGCGUCUGAGCCAGAAGGACGGCCAGAUCGUGGCGGAUCUGACAGAGAAGCUGCAGCUGUUUUCAGACAUGGGAGAGUCUGGUCCUGGGGAUACGGCCUGCCGCUCCCACCUGCUGCUGCGAGGUGACGCCUCAGACCUCCACCAGGGGGAGACACUGCUCAAGGGAGCCAUCACCGAUGGUACAACACACACACACACACACACACACACACACACACACACCCACACACACACACCAGAGUAUGUGAGUGGUCGGAUAUCCCGCUCAUGGAGUGGUGCUUGCACCCCAGAGUAUUUUAAUAAACAACAUGAAAAGGUGACUGUAAGAAGCGCUCAUCAUUUCAAAUAGGCUACACGUCGUAUUAAACAGCAUGUAAACACUCUAAAUAGGUCAGGAGACAGACAGGGAGCCUAAGAAGGAACGAAAAAGAAUUAUUUAGGCGAUAUUAUUUCAGUUAUUUCAAGGCUAUAGCCAACAAACAAAUCAAUUGUGGAGCAUUUGCGAGAGCGACACACUAGGCUGGCAGGGACAUUAAGCACUCAGCAUUUAAACAACAUUUUGUUGUAUUAAAUCAUUAUAGUCUGUAAAUUGCACAUAUAGACUCUGACUCACUUAGAAUUAAUUACAAAUUAAACAAAAAAUGACUUAUUAGGCUCCAUCUACAGUGCCUUUUGAAUUCAUUUUUUAGAAAUACGAGUUUGGAUAGAGUCUAUGGCUUCAGGCUCAUCGAUGGUGCCUGGAGAUCAAAUCAAAUCAAAUGUUAUUGGUCACAUGCGCCGAAUACAACAGGUGCAGACAUUACAGUGAAAUGCUUACUUACAGCCCUUAACCAACAGUGCAUUUAUUUUAACAAAAAAAGUAAAAAUAAAACAACAACAAAAAAAGUGGAGAUCAGUGGAGAAUACCACUGCAGAGUCACUGGGGUUGCUAAAAACCCAUCACCUUGAUUUUACACCUGUCUGCUUCUUUUUGAAAACAGUAGCUAAAGCAAGAGCAUGCUGGGCCGGGCACGCCCUGAGCUGGUGGUGCCAAAUAGCAGCGGGGGAGAAGGUCGACGCUACAGCCUUUGGGGAGACUUGCUCAGCGCUCCAGUCAAAUUGAGCACGCCUCACUCCACUCAUAUACUCUUGACACACGCGCACACGACACACGCGACACACUACACGACACAAACAACACCGGUUACACACAACACACACUUAACACAGCCACAACGACACACGGAACACACACUUACACGAAACCACACGGUACACACGGACACACGACACACUACAACACACACUUACACACGUACACACACACACUACCACAACACAACUUACAACACACACACACACACAUCACACACAACACACACACACACACACACACAACACAACACACACACACACACACACACACACAACACACACACACACUAACACACACGCACACACACACAACACACACACCCACACACACCACACCACACACACACACACACAACACACACACACAACACACACACACUAACACACACACACACACACACACACACACACACACACACACACACACUACUUACACACACACAGCAAAACUUACACACACCACACACUUACACCACACACACACACACUUACACACGCACACUAACACACGCACACAACACUUACACACACACACUACACACCACACACACUUACACAACACACACACCACACGACACUUACACACACUAACAACACUACAACACACACACUUACACACACACACCACACUUAACACACUACACCACACUUACACACAACACACUUACACACCACUUACACACACACACACACACACACACACACACACACACACACACACACCACACACUUACACACACACACACCACACACUUACUUACACACUCUUAUACACACUUACACACACACUUACACACACUUAUAUACACACACACAAGGUACAACACAGGAAACACACAACACAGGACAGUCCAGAAUAUACAGACAGCACUUCACUGAAGGUAAAAUACAAUGGCUGCUGUUAUAGUGUAUACGGUUCUGGCUCUAGCUGAGAACAACAUAAGAUAUGAUUAAACUUAUUCACAAAUCAUUGAAAUCAAAUCACUCUUUAUUUACAGUGAAUUCUGAAAGUUUUCAGACCCCUUGAAUUUUUCCACAUUUUGUUACGUUACAGCUUUAUUCUAAAAUUGAUUAAAUAAAUAGAAAUCUUCAUCAAUCUACACACAAAACCCCAUAAUGACAAAGAGAAAACAGGCUUUUAGAAAUGUUUGCAAAUGUAUUACAAAUAAACAGAUACCUUAUUUACAUAAAUAUUCAGACUCUUUGCUAUGAGACUCAAAAUUUAGCCCAGGUGGAUCCUGUUUCCAUUGGUCAUCCUUGAGAUGUUUCUACAACUUGAUUAUUGGAGUCCACCUGUGGUAAAUUCAAUUGAUUGGACAUGAUUUGGAAAGGCACACACCUGUCUAUAUAAGGUCCCUCAGUUGACAGUGCAUGUCAGAGCAAAAACCAAGCCAUGAGGUCGAAGGAAUUGUCUGUAGAGCUCCGAGACAGGAUUGUGUCGACGCACAGAUCUGGGGAAGGGUACCUAAACAUUUAUUCAGCAUUGAAGGUCCCCAAGAACACAGUGGCCUCCAUCAUUCUUAAAUGGAAGAAGUUUAGAACCACCAAGACUCUUCCUAGAGCUGGCCGCCCGGCCAAAGUGAGCUAUCGGGGGAGAAGGUCCUUGGUCAGGGAGGUGACCAAGAACCCGAUAGUCACUCUGACAGAGCUCUAGAGUUCCUCUGUGGAGAUGGGAGAACCUUCCAGAAGGACAACCAUCUCUGCAGCACUCCACCAAUCAGGCCUUUGGUGGAGAGACCUGAAAAUAGCUGUGCAGCGACGCUCCCCAUCCAACCUGACAGAGUUUGAGAGGAUCUGGGAGAAACUCCCCCAAUACAUGUGUGCCAAGCUUGUAGGGACAUAGCCAAGAAGACACCAGGCUGUAAUCGCUGCCAAAGACAACUUAUGUAAAUUAAAUAUUUCAGUUUUUGUUGUGCAAAAAUGUCUAAAAACCUGUUUUUACUUUGUCGUUAUGGGGUAUUGUGUGUAGAUUGAUGAGAAAGAAAAAAAAAACUCCUCACUAUGUUACUAUAGGGGGGUCAGCUCCUCACUAUGUUACUAUAGGGGGGUCAGCUCCUCACUAUGUUACUAUAGGGGGGUCAGCUCCUCACUAUGUUACUAUAGGGGGGGUCAGCUCCUCACUAUGUUACUAUAGGGGGGUCAGCUCCUCACUAUGUUACUAUAGGGGGGUCAGCUCCUCACUAUGUUACUAUAGGGGGGUCAGCUCCUCACUAUGUUACUAUAGGGGGGUCAGCUCCUCACUAUGUUACUAUAGGGGGGUCAGCUCCUCACUAUGUUACUAUAGGGGGGGUCAGCUCCUCACUAUGUUUACUAUAGGGGGGUCAGCUCCUCACUAUGUUACUAUAGGGGGGUCAGCUCCUCACUAUGUUACUAUAGAGGGGGUCAGCUCCUCACUAUGUUACUAUAGGGGGGUCAGCUCCUCACUAUGUUACUAUAGGGGGGGUCAGCUCCUCACUAUGUUACUAUAGGGGGUCAGCUCCUCACUAUGUUACUAUAGGGGGGUCAGCUCCUCACUGUGUUACUAUAGGGGGUCAGCUCCUCACUGUGUUACUAUAGGGGGGUCAGCUCCUCACUAUGUUACUAUAGGGGGGUCAGCUCCUCACUGUGUUACUAUAGGGGGUCACUCCUCACUGUGUUACUAUAGGGGGGGUCAGCUCCUCACUAUGUUACUAUAGGGGGGUCAGCUCCUCACUAUGUUACUAUAGGGGGGUCCUCCUCCUAUUUAGGGGUCAGCUCCUCACUAUGUUACUAUAGAGGGGGUCAGCUCCUCACUAUGUUACUAUAGGGGGGUCAGCUCCUCACUAUGUUACUAUAGGGGGGUCAGCUCCUCACUAUGUUACUAUAGGGGGGUCAGCUCCUCACUAUGUUACUAUAGGGGGUCAGCUCCUCACUAUGUUACUAUAGGGGGGUCAGCUCCUCACUAUGUUACUAUAGGGGGGUCAGCUCCUCACUACGUUACUAUAGGGGGGUCAGCUCCUCACUACGUUACUAUAGGGGGGUCAGCUCCUCACUAUGUUACUAUAGGGGGGGUCAGCUCCUCACUAUGUUACUAUAGGGGGGUCAGCUCCUCACUACGUUACUAUAGGGGGGUCAGCUCCUCACUAUGUUACUAUUAGGGGGGUCAGCUCCUCACUAUGUUACUAUAGGGGGGUCAGCUCCUCACUAUGUUACUAUAGAGGGGGGUCAGCUCCUCACUAUGUUACUAUAGGGGGGUCAGCUCCUCACUAUGUUACUAUAGGGGGGUCAGCUCCUCACUAUGUUACUAUAGAGGGGGUCAGCUCCUCACUAUGUUACUAUAGGGGGGUCAGCUCCUCACUAUGUUACUAUAGGAGGGGUCAGCUCCUCACUAUGUUACUAUAGGGGGUCAGCUCCUCACUAUGUUACUAUAGGGGGGUCAGCUCCUCACUAUGUUUCUAUAGGGGGGUCAGCUCCUCACUAUCUUGUCUAUCUUAGGGUCAGCCUUAAACAUUAUUAAUCAUCCUCCUCUUGUCUACUAAGGACUCCAUCUUUACUAUCGCUCCUCUUCUUCUAUCCUCCUCCUGACUCCAGGUCGCCCCAGAUGGGGGAGUCUUCAAGAACUGUGCUCUCAUGUGUAUUGAGCCAGCUCCAGUCAGGGAGGGCUCAGGGUCCGGGCUUUGCAAGAGGGGGCAGCCCCUUGUUUGGGGGUUGCAGCGCCCCACUCAUCUACAAGGGUGAGUCCACUAUGUUCUGGGGGUGUAUCCCAAAGAUAUCAGGCAGAAUCUAAUGUUAAUAGGGGUCCUCAUAUUGUAUAUAUAAGGGGGUCAGCUCUCACUAUGUUAUAUAGAGGGGGCAGCUCCUCACUAUGUUACUAUAGGGGGGUCAGCUCCUCACUAUGUUACUAUAGAGGGGGUCAGCUCCUCACUAUGUUACUAUAGGGGGGUCAGCUCCUCACUAUGUUACUAUAGGGGGGUCAGCUCCUCACUAUGUUACUAUAGAGGGGGUCAGCUCCUCACUAUGUUACUAUAGGGGGGUCAGCUCCUCACUAUACUUGUCACUACUUAAGACAGCCUUUAAAAGGUUAAAUCCAUCUCUCUCUCUCUAUGCCUCAUCUACUAGACCUCUCUCAUUUCUCUCUCUCUACUCUCUCCUCUUCUCUCUCUCUCUCCUCUGUCUUCUUCCUCUCUCUCCUCCUCUCCUGCCUCCCCCUCCCCAGUGGAGAGUCUUCAGAACCUGUUGCUCUCUGGUGUGAUCGAGCCAGCUCCACGUCCAGCGGAGGGCUCAGGGUCCGGGGCUCUGCCCAGGAGAGCAGACACCUUUGGGGGCUAUGACAGCAGCCCCAUCAUCCUCAACAAGAGUGAGUCCACUCUGCUCUGGGCUGUAUCCACAAAGCAUCUCAGAGCAGGAAUGCUGAUGUAAUAGCUGUCCAUAUAAUCAUUUAUUAUGAUCUAAAAGGCGUUUCUGUCUGUGUGUGCAUGUUAGAAGGCAUUGUGAAGAAGAUCCACAGUGGAGGGGACAAGGCCAGAGACGGGAACCAGAAAGGCCGCUCUGACCCCCAGCUUAAGAAGAUCCAGGCUAGCCAGACCCUGGAGCAGGCACAGGUGGGUGAAGUACACACACACACACACACACACACACACACACACCCUACACAAUAGUCAGUAGGGUAGCUAGUGACUAGGGCAAGGCAGAAGCUGGUUUACUCCAUCACUUAGGAAUUUCCUAUUUAGGGAAAUGCUACUGCUUCCUGUUAUGAUUUAUGUCUCAUCACACGUGAAGGUUAAUAUCAAUAUGUACUUUAAUCCCUGAUGGGAUAUGUCAUAAAAUGUGUAAUGUUGUGUGAUGUACAGGCUGAUGAUGAUGAUGAUGAUGAGGAGGAGGAAGAGGCCUCUCCAGCCAUCUGGAACACCAUCUGGUCCAACACCUUCCCUGAGGCUGAGGUAGGAGAUGUGCUCGUUUCAUUUGGGAUUUUAACCUCUGUUAAACUUCUUCAAUCCUCAUGUUUUAUUAUGGCCUCUAAAAGGUGUACCAAGAGUGUCCAAACCAUAGGUAUAAAACAGUUGUAUGUCUCUGGCACUAACCUAGAGUUGUCUGUUGACGUUCUCUUUCCUAACGUUCCUGUUUCUGCCUUAACCAGUUCUUUGACCGGGUGCUGAUGCUGUCCCAGAGACUCUACAGCCUGCAGGUAAACAAAACCGCAACACUCACGUUUCCCUAGAUACACUCACGUUUCCCUAGAUACACUCACGUUUCCCUAGAUACACUCACGUUUCCCUAGAUACACUCACGUUUCCCUAGAUACACUCACGUUUCCCUAGAUACACUCACGUUUCCCUAGAUACACUCACGUUUCCCUAGAUACACUCACGUUUCCCUAGAUACACUCACGUUUCCCUAGAUACACUCACGUUUCCCUAGAUACACUCACGUUUCCCUAGAUACACUCACGUUUCCCUAGAUACACUCACGUUUCCCUAGAUAGCCUCUCGACAACCUCUCCACAUCCACUUAACUGCUCAUACUCCACAUACAUGCUAGAAUGUAGCUCUCCUCCUGUCCUGUCCUGUCUGUGUGUGUGUGACUGGGCCAUGAACAAUCAACGGGACUGCAUGUAGUUCUCCUGUCCUGUCUGUGUGUGUGACUGGGCCAUGAACAUCAACGUUACUGAAGUCUUCCAUACUUACCAGGCCUAGACACCAAAACCUGUCUGUCUGCAUGUCAACACACGUUAAAAUGACAUCACAUGGAGACUGCUAGACUCGCCUUUUGAUUGGUUAUGGUCUGUGACCACAAGCCUUACGCUUUCUAGAAGUUGACCCACAUCUCUCCUCCCCUCUCCUCUCCCCCCCCCCCCCCUUCAGGCCAUCAUCGCCCAGCAGGACAGCUACAUCGAGCUGCAACGCGCCUCCCUCAACGAGCGCGCCUCCUUCCCUGGCCGUCACCGCGGCAACGUGCUCCUGGAGCAGGAGAAACAGAGGACUCUGGUCCUGCAGAGGGAAGAGAUGGCCAGCUUCCACAAGCUGCAGUCGCAGCACCGUCAGGAGCAGGUGGGGGUGGGAAUCAGUGGAAAUGGAAGCAUCCUUCAUUUGAUUCCAUAGUAGCCUUCCAGGUCGUCUUCAUCACAGCUCUGCCGUGCAGAUGAUUCAACGUCACAAUGCUAGAAGAAAGGAAGCACGUUAACAUGAUCAUCAUGAUCAUUUCUUGUUCAAAAUAAUGGAAUGUCAUAUUUUGAGUUGAAUGUUGCUACUGGUCUGUACAGACUAUAUGCUACAUGGCUGUGCAAUGCUAAUGAAAUCAACAGUUCAUUAAACUAACAAACUCGUAGGCUGCCCUGAUCACAGUCAAACCACAUUUUAUAGUAGGCUAAGAAUAUAAGGAAAUAUAACAAUCAAAUACAAAUAAUAUUUUUCCCCACACAACUUGCGUCACGGCAACGUGUGGAACCGCUGUCCCCAAAAAUAAUAAGAAGGUGAUAUUUUGAAACUGAGCCCAAGACAAGCCCAUGCUUUGGAUCCAAGUGUCUUCUUUCCUACCAUCACUCCGCUUUGUUAGGGAGCAUGCGUGAGUGUAUUCAUCAUGAUACCCAGAGAAUAUAAUAACAAUCUAUAUUUUCAAAAGCAUGUGAGUCUAGUGAUCAUAUUUCACAACCUCCGCAGGAUUUUGGAGUUGCCUUUUUAUGCGAUCAAGCCAAAAUAAUAGACCUACACUUGAUUUAGGCUACAUUAUAGCACGCUAAAUGUUUCUGAUCAGUGACAGAUGAACUAUACCACCUCCACUUAUUUGCCCAGCCAGGGAAUUAACAAAAUAUACAGAUUUGAGAUUCAGUGAAACAAAAUCACAUUGAUUGAUUUAAGACACAGGCUUUUGGUCAGGAGCCUAGGUUACUAAGCAACUGCGAGUCAAGAGCAAAAUAAUCCACUUGCUAAACUACAUUUUAACAUUCUGGCAAAAUGUGUGCUAAUCAGUGCUAAUAAUUGAGCCGACUAGACAAGGUGAUUAUGAGCAACACUCACAUCAACUUAGCAUUUCCACAGCCUAAUGGUAGCCUAACCAAUAUCCAAACGGAGAUUUAGUGAAAAAAAAUGUAUUGAUUUAUUAAGACGAGCCCCCACGCUUGUCUAAAAGCAGCGCGAAACGGUGCUGAAAUAGUUGACCACCCACGGCUAGGCUAUUGCUUCAAAUGUAUUAUAUAAUAUAACAAUUGGAUGACUUUGGGAGUUUCAAUAAGCAACUAUUUGAUGCCUUCAAAACAACAAAAAAUCCUGCAAAUGCGCAGAAAUCUCAGUAUCCUUAGCCACAGAACAUUUUCGGGUUCCAGAAAAUCCAGAACCGCAGCCACUCCGAAGCAAAAAGACACUAUACCCGUCUGCGUGAAGUAGAGUUGAACCUUGUGUUUGUCCCCAGGCUCGCUGGGAGAAGGAGCGUCAGCGCCACCGGCUGCAGGCCGAGGACAUGGAGGCGAGGCUGAGGCAGAGAGAGGAGGAGUGCAGGAGGCUGGAGGAGAAGCUGGCGGAAGACAGGGAGGAGCUGGAGAGGCAGAGAGAGACAUACCAACAGGAUCUGGAGAGACUGAGGGAGUCGACCCGUACCGUGGACAAGGAGAAGGAACGCCUGGAGCAGCAGAGGAAGAUCAAGAGGAAGACCAUUGAGGUGGGGAUGACAUCACAUUACACUUACCUCCUAUAUCCAUGUGCAUCUCUCCGCUAUCCAACCAGCACCAGUCACACAUGGCUAAAACACUAGCCCCAACCCCACACCUCAUCGGUGGUUAACAACUAAAGCUUUGGAGUUAUCUGGUGACCUACCAACCCAAUUCACCAAGCCUGGUCCCAGUAAUCAAGCCCAUGACCCAAGAAUUAGGGUUUCCACUAGAUGGCACAAACACAAAGUCAAAAUUGUCUAUAUCCUAAACAUUCAUGAUUUUCUUUUAGCUUUUUGGUCUUAAUUUAAGAUUAGGCAUAAGGUUAGCAGUGUGGUUAGGGUUAAGGUUAGUUUUUAAAUCACAUUUUAAGAAGAUAAAUUGUAGAAAUAGGCAGGGUUUAUGACUUUGUGGCUGUGGUAACUAGUGACGACCAAGAAGGAGCCAUUUUGGAAACCCACACUGAUCUCUUCUCCCCAUAGAGAUAGACAGAAGACUCAUCUUUGUAUCUGUGCUAUUCGAUUGUCUGUGACAGCAUGGCCAGCUCCGUUGAUGCAAUCUCCAUUUUGAAGUAGUCAAUUUUCUUCUUUACUAUUGGCUGAUCCCUCCUGAUGAUGCGGUUGGACAUGACUCCAACAGGUUCACCAGGAGGGAUCAGCCAAUGAAGUUGGACGUCCCAUCCAGUUGACUACAUUAAAAUGGUGGAAGCCAUUUUGCCUAAGUGUAUUUAUUUAAACUGUUGUGGCUGCUCUUCAAAUAUCCCAAAUCUCAUCUCAACUGAUCACACUUAGGCAAUGGUUUUUUUUUUUUUUUUUUGUCAUUUAGCAGACGCUCUUAUCCAGAGCGACUUACAGGAGCAAUUAGGGUUAAGUGCCUUGCUUAAGGGCACAUCGACAGAUUUUUCACCUAGUCAGCUUGGGGAUUAGAACCAGCGACCUUUCGGUUACUGGCACAACGCUCUUACCCACUAAGCUACCUGCCGCCCUGUCUCAAUACACAGCACCCAGCUAGCUAUUUAUCACAAUACACAUCACCCAGCUGUCUAUCUAUCACAAUACACAGCACCCAGCUAGCGAACUAUCACAAUACACAGCACCCAGCUAGCGAACUAUCACAAUACACAGCACCCAGCUAGCGAACUAUCACAAUACACAGCACCCAGCUAGCUAUCAAUCACAAUACACAUCACCCAGCUAGCGUACUAUCACAAUACACAGCACCCAGCUAGCGUACUAUCACAAUACACAGCACCCAGCUAGCUGACUGUCACAAUACACAGCACCCAGCUAGCGUACUAUCACAAUACACAGCACCCAGCUAGCUAUCUAUCACAAUACACAGCACCCAGCUAGCUAUCUAUCACAAUACACAUCACCCAGCUAGCUAUCUAUCACAAUACACAGCACCCCGCUAGCGAACUAUCACAAUACACAGCACCCAGCUUUAAUAUUGCAGAUAGGUUGUAGCUUCCAUCAAUGUAAUUGUCUGCUUCACUUCCAAUCCCCCAUACAUUUUUUUGCAUAUACAGUGGGGAGAACAAGUAUUUGAUACACUGCCAAUUUUGCAGGUUUUCCUACUUACAAAGCAUGUAGAGGUCUGUAAUUUGUAUCAUAGGUACACUUCAACUGUGAGAGACGGAAUCUAAAACAAAAAUCCUGAAAAUCACAUUGUAUGAUUUUUAAGUAAUUAAUUUGCAUUUUAUUGCGUGACAUAAGUAUUUGAUCACCUACCAACCAGUAAGAAUUCCGGCUCUCACAGACCUGUUCGUUUUUCUUUAAGAAGCCCUCCUGUUCUCCACUCAUUACCUGUAUUAUCUGCACCUGUUUGAACUUGUUACCUGUAUAAAAGACACCUGUCCACACACUCAAUCAAACAGACUCCAACCUCUCCACAAUGGCCAAGACCAGAGAACUGUGUAAGGACAUCAGGGAUACAAUUGUAGACCUGCACAAGGCUGGGAUGGGCUACAGGACAAUAGGCAAGCAGCUUGGUGAGAAGGCAACAACUGUUGGCACAAUUAUUAGAAAAUGGAAGAAGUUCAAGAUGACGGUCAAUCACCCUCGGUCUGGGGCUCCAUGCAAGAUCUCACCUCGUGGGGCAUCAAUGAUCAUGAGGAAGGUGAGGGAUCAGCCCAGAACUACACGGCAGGACUUGAUCAAUGACCUGAAGUGAGCUGAGACCACAGUCUCAAAGAAAACCAUUAGUAACACACUACGCCGUCAUGGAUUAAAAUCCUGCAGCACACGCAAGGUCCCCCUGCUCAAGCCAGCGCAUGUCCAGGCCCGUCUGAAGUUUGCCAAUGACCAUCUGGAUGAUCCAGAGGAGGAAUGGGAGAAGGUCAUGUGGUCUAAUGAGACAAAAAUAGAGCUUUUUGGUCUAAACUCCACGCUCCGUGUUUGGAGGAAGAAGAAGGAUGAGUACAACCCCAAGAACACCAUCCCAACCGUGAAGCAUGGAGGUGGAAACGUCAUUCUUUGGGGAUGCUUUUCUGCAAAGGGGACAGGACGACUGCACCGUAUUGAGGGGAGGAUGGAUGGGGCCAUGUAUCGCGAGAUCUUGGCCAACAACCUCCUUCCCUCAGUAAGAGCAUUGAAGAUGGGUCGUGGCUGGGUCUUCCAGCAUGACAACGACCCGAAACACACAGCCAGGGCAACUAAGGAGUGGCUCCGUAAGAAGCAUCUCAAGGUCCUGGAGUGGCCUAGCCAGUCUCCAGACCUGAACCCAAUAGAAAAUCUUUGGAGGGAGCUGAAAGUCCGUAUUGCCCAGCGACAGCCCCGAAACCUGAAGGAUCUGGAGAAGGUCUGUAUGGAGGAAUGGGACAAUAUCCCUGCUGCAGUGUGUGCAAACCUGGUCAAGACCUACAAGAAACGUAUGAUCUCUGUAAUUGCAAACAAAGGUUUCUGUACCAAAUAUUAAGUUCUGCUUUUCUGAUGUAUCAAAUACUUAUGUCAUGCAAUAAAAUGCAAAUUAAUUACUUAAAAAUCAUACAAUGUGAUUUUCUGGAUUCCGUCUCUCACAGUUGAAGUGUACCUAUGAUAAAAAUUACAGACCUCUACAUGCUUUGUAAGUAGGAAAACCUGCAAAAUCGGCAGUGUAUCAAAUACUUAUUCUCCCCACUGUGUGUGUGUGUGUAUGUGUAUGUGUGUGUGUAUAUAUAUAUAUUACCAGUCAAAAGUUUGGACACACCUACUCAUUCAAGGGUUUUUCUUUAUUUUUUACUAUUUAUUUACAUUGUAGAAUAAUAGUGAAGACAUCAAAACUAUAAAAUAACACACAUGGAAUCAUGUAGUAACCAAAAAAGUGUUAAUCAAAUCAAAAUAUAUUUGAGAUUCUUCAAAUAGCCACCCUUUGCCUUGAUGACAGCUUUGUGCACUCUUGGCAUUCUCUCAAUCAGAUUCAUAAGAUAGUCACCUGGAAUACAUUUCAAUUAACAUCUGUGCCUUCUUAAAAGGUAAUUUGUGGCAUUUUUUUCCUCAUGCGUUUGAGCCAAACAAUUGUGUUUUGACAAGGUAGGGGGGGAUAUACAGAAGAUAGCCCUAUUUGGUAAAAUAUCAAGUCCAUAUUAUGUCAAGAACAGCUCAAAUAAGCAAAGAGAAACAACAGUCCAUCAUUACUUUAACAUUUACAUUUUAGUCAUUUAGCAGACGCUCUUAUCCAGAGCGACUUACAGUUAGUGAGUGCAUACAUUAUUUUUUGUAUUUUUCAUACUGGCCCCCUGUGGGAAUCAAACCCACAACCCUGGCGUUGCAAACGCCAUGCUCUACCAACUGAGCUACAUCCCUGCCGGCCAUUCCCUCCCCUACCCUGGACGACGCUAGGCCAAUUGUGCGCCGCCCCAUGGGUCUCCCGGUCGCGGCCGGCUACGACAGAGCCUGGAUUCAAACCAGGAUCUCUAGUGGCACAGCUAGCACUGUGAUGCAGUGCCUUAGACCACUGCGCCACUCGGGAGGUUAAGACAUGAAGGUCAGUCAAUACGGGACAUUUUAAGAACUUUUAAAGUUUAUUCAAGUGCAGUCGCAAAAACCAUCAAGCGCUAUGAUGAAACUGGCUCUCAUGAGGACCGCCACUGGAAUGGAAGACCCAGAGUUACCUCUGCUGCAGAGGAUAAGUUCAUUAGAGUUACCAGCCUCAGAAAUUGCAGCCCAAAUAAAUGCUUCACAGAGUUCAAGUAACAGACACAUCUCAACAUCAACUUUUCAGAGGAGACUGUGUGAAUCAGGCCUUCAUGGUCGAAUUGCUGCAAAUAAACCACUACUAAAGGACACCAAUAAGAAGAAGAUAAUUGCUUGGGCCAAGAAACACGAGCAAUGGCCAUUAGACCGGUGGAAAUUUGUCCUGUGGUCUGGAGUCCAAAUUGGAGAUUUUUGGUUCCAGCCGCCUUGGCUUUGUGAGACGCGGUGUGGGUGAACGGAUGAUCUCCGCAUGUGAAGUUCCCAACGUAAAACAUGGAGGAGGUGGUGUUAUGGUGUGGGGGUGCUUUGCUGGUGACACUGUCUGUGAUUUAUUAUGAAUUCAAGACACACUUAACCAGCAUGGCUACCACAGCAUUCUGCAGCGAUAUGCCGUCCCAUCAGGUUUGGGCUUAGUGGGACUAUCAUUUGUUUUUCAACAGGACAAUGACCCAACACACCUCCAGGCUGUGUAAGGGCUAUUUUACCAAGAAGGAGAGUGAUGGAGUGCUGCAUCAGAUGACCUGGCCUCCACAAUCCCCCGACCUCAACCCAAUUGUGAUGGUUUGGGACGAGUCGGACCACAGAGUGAAGGAAAAGCAGCCUACAAGUGCUCAGCGAAUGUGGGAACUCCUUCAUGACUGUUGGAAAAGCAUUCCAGGUGAAGCUGGUUGAGAGAAUGCCAAGAGUGUGCAAAGCUGUCAUCAAAGCAAAUGGUGGCUAUUUGAAGAAUCUCAAGUAUAACAUAUAUUUUAUUUUGUUUAACACUUUGUGAAGUGCACCAGUCCCUCCUGCAGCAAAGCGCCCCCACAGCAUGAUGCUGCCACCCCCUUGCUUCAUGGUUGGGAUGGUGUUCUUCGGCUUGCAAGGUCCCCCUUUUCCCUCCAAACAUAACGAUGGUCAUUAUGGGCAAACAGUUCUAUUUUUGUUUCAUCAGACCAGAGGACAUUUCUCCAAAAAGUAAGAUCUUUGUCCCCAUGUGCAGUUGCAAACCGUAGUCUGUCUUUUUUAUGGAGGUUUUGGAGCAGUGGCUUCUUCCUUGCUGAGCGGCCUUUCAGGUUAUGUCGAUAUAGGACUCGUUUUACUGUGGAUAUAGAUACUUUUGUACCUGUUUCCUCCAGCACCAAUGUACGUUCAUCUCUAGGAGACAGAACGCGUCUCCUUCCUGAGCGGUAUGAUGGCUGUGUGGUCCCAUGGUGUUUAGACUUGCAUACUAUUGUUUGUACAGAUGAACGUGGUACCUUCAGGCGUUUGGAAAUUGCUCCCAAGGAUGAACCAGACUUGUGGAGGUCUACAAAUUUUGGCUGAUUUCUUUUGAUUUUCCCAUGAUGUCAAGCAAAGAGGCACUGAGUUUGAAGGUAGGCCUUGAAAUACAUCCACAGGUACACCUCCAAUUGACUCAAAUUAUGUCAAUUAGCCUAUCAGAAGCUUCUAAAGCCAUGACAUCAUUUUCUGGAAUUUUCCAAGCUGUUUAAAGGCACAAUCAACUUAGUGUAUGUAAACUUCUGACCCACUGGAAUUGUGAUACAGUGAAUUAUAAGUGAAAUAAUCUGUCUGUAAACAAUUGUUGGAAAAAUUACUUGUCAUGCACAAAGUAGAUGUCCUAACCGACUUGCCAAAACUAUAGUUUGUUAACAAGACAUUUGUGUAGUGGUUGAAAAACGAGUUUUAAUGAUCAUAACCUAAGGGUAUGUAAACUUCCGACUUCAACUGUAUGUAUACAUAGGGUCUCAUUGCCAAAAUCCCAAAGUAUCCCUUUAAGCCCAGGAAGCAGCCAUUCACCAGCUUUUCAAGCUUAAUCAUGGCAGAAUACGUUCGGUACUUACCAAAGAAUGGAGUUUUGCUAAGCAACUAUCGUCAUUACUGCCAUCCCGGCCGCAUGUACUUCCAGAAAAGGUCAAAAUAAAGUUACAUGCAACCAAAUAAAUGCCUUUUCUGGAUCUAAGUAAUGUUUUUGAGCAAGUGCGCAUGCGCCAAAUCCACCUCAUCUGCACAUCCUGCGAUAUAAAUAAUGGAAUUAAAAUACACACUAAAUAAAGCCCAUCUAGAAAUAUACCAUCACUGUAAAAACAUGUCCUAUAUUGGCUACUUCAUGUACUUACAUGAAAUAUUAUAGCAUUCCGUGUAGCGAGGGUGAAACAACAGAUUAAUAUGACGUUCAUACACUGUACGUGAUUAAACAAAUAAAUGACCUUUCCUGCUGCUGAAUCAGUCGACCUGUGGCAGCAGAGAGGGAGAGGUGAAGGCUAAAGCCCCAUGCGUUUCUAUGGGCUUAUUUUUGGACCUACGUUUGUCUUCAACCGUUUGGGACAACGACUCCCAUUGUUAGGGCGGAGACAUUUAUAUACAGAUCUCUGGUGGCAGUAAUGAGGUGCAGAUAAAGUGGAUUUGGCGCAUGCUCACUUGCUCAAAAACAAUACUUAGAUUAUUUCCAGAAAAUGCAUUUUUUUCGGCUGCGUAUAACUUUUUAUUUAGUCCUUUUUUGGAUAAAAACAUACGGCCCGGGACACCAGUAAUUACAAUAGUUGCUCAUCGACACUCCAUUCUUUGGUGAGUACCAAACCUAAUUUGACAUUAUUAACCUUGCAAAAACUGGUGAAUGGCAAGUUUGAAUGGCUGCUUCCUGAGAACGUCUCCUGGUUUGGGUUAGGAUUUAAGGUAGGGAUGUCCCAGCUAGCUAGCUAGCUAUCCUAUCACCCACAGCAACAGCAGGGCUGAGCACACAGGCCCUUCACAAUGGCUGUUGGAUAAAUUGUGGAAGUGUUACCUCCUCCAGAAGGAAUGUCAUUCAUCCCACUCCACUAGGAGUGGACAGGACAGUGUGCUUUUAUUGGGACAGGAAAAGGCCUCGGGUCUGAACUCUGCAGUGAAGACUGCUGCUGCUGCUGUCGUAAAACCACAGAGGCAAGGUCUGAAUGGGGCGGCAGGUAGCUUAGUGGUUAAGAGCGUUGGGCCAGUAACCGAAAGGUCGCUGGUUCUAAUCCCCGAGCUGACUAGGUGAAAAAUCUGUCUAUGUGCCCUUGAGCAAGGCACUUAACCCUAAUUGCUCCUGUAAGUCGCUCUGGAUAAGAGCGUCUGUUAAAUGCCUAAAAUUUUAAUGUAAAUAGUUUCCAAUGAUUAAAAAUAAUUAGAGGAUAAAAAGUUGUUUUGAACCAAAGUCCUAUUGCCACAUUCUAAUGAUAAAUGAAUGCUAAAGAUGAUAGGCUAUUUGAUAAAGCCAUGAAACCGUGGCGGUCAGUGCCGUUUAAGAUGAGAGGAUUAUUUAUUUUAAUUUUUUUAAGAUCAUGGCCUUAUUUCUAUCACAGCAUAUUGGAUGACUGUCAUUCAUAUUCCAUUCACUCAGCUCAUUGUAACAUCGAUAGGUUUAGGCUGCUACAUGAUACUCAAAUGUUCCCUAUACCCAUCAUGAGGUUGCUACAACCUAGCCUACAAAUGAAAGUUUAUAACGUAGGUGCACAGGUCGAGAGACAAAUUGGAGUGAUCAAGGUGACAGUGACGCAUUCAAUACUGCCCUGCACACUCUUGCCUGCAUCUAGCUGGUCUUGGGUUUUAUCAUUAGUCCAAACAGUUGCAAAACUUUACGUUUUUGCAACUAAAACAACAGUUUCUAUUGGACAAAUUCAGGUAGGUCCUGCUCCGUUUCAUUAUGUUUGCUUCUGUUGUAAGAAACUUUAUGCAAAAGAAUUGGCAGAAUGAAUACACCCCUGAUCACCCGCAACACACAGUUCACUUUUAUAGCAGCCACACAGCAUCAUCACUUCGCUCGUUCUAUAAUUCCUUCUCGGAUAUAUGCACUCUAAUCCUCUCACCUUAUCCCUUCGCUUGUGGACUUCAGUGCACCGCACAACAGCUGUCUGAGACCAGGCGCAAUGACCUCACCAAGCCAAACCUUCAUACCAUAACAGCUACACAUCCUACAUCGUUGUCACCAUAUUAACGUUAUAAUCAACAAACUAGAACUAACACGUUAGUAAACCCACAAUCCAAUCCAUGUGUACGAUCACGCAGUACAGUGUACAGCAAGCAGUUUAGCAGUAACACCGGCAGGCCCCGGUGGCAAUAAAUUAAUACCAACCGAAUGCUUACCUUGACUUGGAAGAGUUGCAGUGUUGCAUAGCCUUAGCCAGCUAGCUAACAUAAAUAGCAUUCCUCUCUGUUUGAGUCAGGUUGUUGAGUAGGCUAAAUUAGCUGCAUUAGCUAGCUAAGUAAGUGAAAGUUAAACUAAGAAAAGAAAGAAAGUUGUCAUAAUUACUGUGCAAGUCUAUGGAAGGGGGUGAGAACCAUGAGCCUCCUAGGUUUUGUAUUAAAGUCAAUGUACCCAGAGGAGGACGGAAGCUAGCUGUCCUCCAGCUACACCAUGGUGCUACCACAGAGAGUGCUGUAGAGGUAACUGUAGACCUUUUAAUUGCAAAACAUUGGGUUUUAAUCAGUUAUUUGGUGACGUGAAUAUAUUUAGUCUAGUUUUAUCUAAAAAGGAUAAACUUUUUUAAAUGUUUGACUAUUUACAUUUUUCUGAAAUUCACUGAGUAGGAUGAUCCUCCCCUUCCUCCUCUGAGGAGCCUCCACUGCUGUAAAGGUUAUCCGUAUGUCUGCAUACCUGCACACUUUCCUCUGCACUCUUAACUUAGACACCCUUAGUGCAGUGUUUUGAUUAAGUAAAAGGAUCGCUGCGUGACGCCAGAACUGUACUUCUUACCCUGACCCCCAAGGCUUGGUCUCAUGUCUGACGUCUCACCGUAGUCAGUGUAUUAUCUUUUGUGAAAUGGCGUGAUUCAUUCUUCCUCACCACCCCACUAUAUCACAGUAGCUAGGUGAUGUGUGGUGAGCUUGCUGGCAUACGAUACAAGCGCUCCUGUGGCAUCACUCAGGCGGGUCAGAGUGCUGCAGUACCUACUCCUGUGCAGUGAGUCCACUCUUCUUACUAUGUAAAAGGACAUAGAACAUGUUUCAAUCACAAUAUCCACUCCAUUAUCAAUCCAUGUGGUCAUCAACUCCAUGUCCUCCUGCCUCUCUGCCUCCUGUUCCUACUUUUUCUCUAUAUUUAGUUUUUGGUAUAUUGACGUUUAUCCAGACAGGGAGGAAAUUGGAGGUAGGAGAAACAGUGGGAAGGGUGGACGCUGGGAUUGAAACCUUCUGCACUUCCUGGUCGGACUCUGUGAUAUGA